AUGGAGAGCGCAAAAGGUUUGUCAUCUAAACACAUCUAUGUAAAGAUACGUUACAACUGGGAUGAAUAAAUGUUAUGCUCUGCACGUGUAUUGGAUAAGCGCCUCCCUAAGUGUUCAGUUCACAUGUAGAAUUUGCAGUGUUAAUGUCACAUUACUUUCUUAAAAUAAAGGCAGUCAUGAGUCAUGUAUUUCUGUGCUAAUAUACUAAUAUAAAGGUGCAAAGUGGGCAAAGCACCGGUCCUUGGUGAUUUCAUUCUAAUUAUUUUGUGGUUUUUUAUUUAUUUUUAAAUGUGUCUUUAAAAAGCGUUAAUGUGAGGAAUUCCUGGGGCCGUGUGUUAAGCAACAAACACUGUAAACCGAUCAUUGAUUGAUUCAUCCUGAGGAUAGUUGCUGUUAGACUAGAUGCACUGUUAUUACAAUAAAGAAAACGUGUGUGUUUGUGUGUGUGCGUGCGUGCGUGCGUGUGUGUGUGUGUGCCAUCUCUAAUAAUAGUAUACAAUCUUUCAUUUCACACCAAAUGUGAUCCAUAUCAGGGACUACUGAUAGUGAUAAAAUGGGGUUGUAUUGAAAAGGUUUAAUUAUGUCUUCAUGUGUUCUAUCUUGUUUGUGUUUCUCAACAUCACAAUUUUUUUCACAAUAAAAUUGUGUCAUUUGAUCGGUUUGUCAUACCUUCAAGAUAAGAGAACCUUUGAUAAAGGAUUAAUCCAAGUCAUAAUCGAAUCCAUUAGACUUCAUCCCCCUAAUAUAUAAAAACUAAAAUAUGGUGUGAUUUUACGAUGUGGUGUGAUAUGGUGUGACAGGAUACACCUUUCUGGGCCCUUGGGGAAAGUUUGUUUUCAUCCUACAAGCUCAGCUGCCUCCACAAUAGUACCAUAAAUCAUAUCAUGGAUAAAACAACACUGUGAAAACUAACAAUUAACCCCAUGCAAGCCGAGAAACACAUAAAAGUAUAAUUAUAAUUAAAAACAAAAGCAACAUUUUUUGCACUUCAAAAACUGUUUUUUUUUUAUCAGCUUUUUGUCCUUUUAAAGGUCCUUAUCAUCGACUGUAUAAAGAAUGGACAGAAUCUGCCUACUCGCUGGGUGAAGCUACUCAGAGAACAGCACCCUCUGUUGAUGGGCUGCAGUAUAGGUCAUAAAUCCCGCCUCCGCCAGCAAAGUUAAUGGAGCUGUGGACAAACUUUAGAAAUUUAUUACACAGAACAUAAUUUUUUCUCCCCCCUGCUUGUGAUGUUGACAUGUAGUGACUGUAAGACUGGUUUGUGCUCAAGUCCUCUUUUUUCUGUACAGCUCCGUUUUUAAAAGUUAUUAGGGGGUUCAUGUUUUCUAUGAUUGACACCUGAUACAGCCUAUGGGCGUUCAGGGAUUGCGCAGCUCACCCGGGGGGAGACGCUGUUUGAGCCGAGCAUCAUCACAGUCGACUCUCUGCGACCUGCGCGCCCGAAUGUGCGCAUCGCUACUGCACAGCGCUGGUUUCAGGAAAUGAGAAAAAAAUCCCUGAAAUACCGAGAGCUAUUUGGCUUCAAAUCUGCUUACAGGCCGGAGGUGGAACCAAGUUGUCCAUAGUAUAUACAGUCUUUGGUCCUUACACACCAGGCCCAACGCAAAUAUAGAACGCGAAAUUACAAAAUAUUUGGAGGCAAGUUUUGAUGUCCCUGACUAUACACAUCAAGCCCGAUGCUAUUUUGUGACUUUCCGGGGGGAAAAAGACGCGUCGCGGGUGGAAGCGAGAAGACUGACACAACAGCAGACUGACUGUUUUCAGUUCUGAUUAGACACUAGUGUUGAGAUGGCUGUCUGUCAUGAUAGCAUGUACUGAGUCAGGGCCAGUACCAGAUAAGCACAUUAAACGAUAAUCCAUAAACAUAAGGUAACAACCAGGACCUAACGGUGCUGUGACAGCAACACGAUUGAGUUUGAGACAGUGAAAAUACAUAUGGUAUGUUGUAUCUGAACAGGUUAGCUUAUGAGCUAAAGUUACUUAGCACAGAUCAAAGUUAAAAUAAAGACGUUUAGCAAACUGUUAAAGCACACAAACCAUUGUCAUAUGAGAAAUCUGACGCUAUGACUCUCCACAAGUUGUCCUUCAGGUUGUUAUCUUUGUAAUAUUUGUGUUUUUUUAAUCAAAAAGCACUCUGUUCCUCGACACGUAAACAAUCAGCCGGUCGGCCAUGUUUGAUAUACCAGUGAAUCUAACACGCAAUCUGAUUGGUCAGAAGUGGACACACAGGAUGCGAAACUUUAGAAAAAUCGACCAUGAUCCGAAAAAAUAAAUGCCGCAAUAUCGGAGGAUGGGAAAACGUCGCUGGUGUGAAGGCUUGUAUUGACAGGAUAUGGGUUCGAAAAAAGUAUUGAUGUCCGAAAUAUUCGCACGACAAAAACGGUCCCUGUGUGAAAGGACCUUAAGCCUAGCCUGGCUGGGCCAUCCUGAAUCCUGAAUCACUUGCCGGGAAGGAACGGCAAGUGAUUCACGCAACAGGAUGGCCGGGCCAGGCUACCUUAAGCCACCAUUGCCUCACCAACAGGGGACUGAGCAAAGAAGCUUGUCAAUCUAAAGUCUAGAUCCACUACUAAAUUCCAAAAAGUCCUGUCUUCACAUGCUAGUUUAAACAUCAGAUAGCGAGAUAAAUAAGACAUUAUCGUCAGAAAACAACCGGGAAUUCCAUAUGAAACGGGGGAAAUUUGGUAAAUAACAUGUAGGGAAUGUCUGCUUGUGGCUUCCGUAUAUAAAAAAAAAAACAGAAGCAGAAAACUUAAUUUCUGUGAAUCACGAUUUUAUUGAUCAAAAACAAAGUAAGAAAUUUGGUUAUUAUUGUAAGUAAAUUUAAAUGACAGUGUUUAGUGUUUACUUGCUAUAAAACGUGCCCAUCCCGUGUCCUCUUAAAGUUAACUGUUCCCAUGGCAACAACAUCCAGCCGUUGGCACGUCACUGCUGCUUUCUAUUGUCCACUAAACAUGCUGCUAAAAGGAGAGCUGCUCUGAUCCCUGUAGUCAAACGAUUAACAGAGUGAGUCCAGCUUCACACUUUUCACUUUUCCUGUGACUUUCUGCGAUAUGUGUUACUGUCUUUCAUGCCUGUGAGCAGAUUCAACGACGUUUAUUUGUUUGUUUUGUGCCAGCGCUUGUUAGCAGCUAGCUGGCUAAGCUAGUCCAACUGCGCUCUGUGGAUAGCAUGUGUUCUGCUACACAUGUUAAUGCAUUAAGAUUCACCACUGGACUUCGGUGCCACUGUUGCCGAACCAGGAUGUAAUACAGUCGAUUCUGUGGUCAAACUUUGUUCUGUAUGAAGCGAUACAUAUAACACCGUGACGUGACGGGAAAUGCUACAGCUAAAGCUAACUUAGUUAGCUAGUUAGCUGCGGUGCUUGUAAGGGGUGUAUGAGAAGACGAGAUGAAACCGUAUUGUGAGUUUGUGUGACUGCUGACAUGUGUAUCGACUCCUUAGAGCUUCUGUGGAUUCAGUAUAUUGUCUGAAUAGUUUGAAAUGUUAAGCUUUUAGUAUUCAGUGUUAAUAGGCAGUGUAAUGAGUAUCACAGCAUUCAUCAUUUGUCCUCAUUUCACCCUCAGAAUCAGAUUUUGUACUACUGAAGCUGUUUGACUAAAUCUGAUUGAACUAGUGUAUACCUGUCUGACUAUAGGUCAGACUCAGAGGUCUGUGUGAUCUGAGUGAGUAUAAACAAAUUCCAGUCUCAAGAAAGUGAGAAGGGGUCAUGAUUCAGACCAGAAACACCAGCUGAUGCAGUGGUUCUCAAGUCCAGUCAUCGAGGUCCACUGUCCUGCGCGUUUUGGAUGUUUCCCUGCUCCAACACACCUGAUUCUAAUGAUUAGCCCAUUAUUAAGACAUUACAGAGCUUGAUAACGAGCUGAUCAUUUGAAUCAGGUGUGUUGGAGCAGGGAAACAUCCAAAACAUGAAGGACAGUGGGCCUCAAGGACUGGACUUGAGAACAAGUGAGCUGAUGUAAAGUGUCUGUGUAAGUUCUCAUUCAACAAGGUCAUGGUUAGACCUGUGUUAUAGUGAUCCCAGGAUGAAACUGUAGGCUGCUGUAAAUGGCUUGUACCAAAAAAAGUCGUGUGCAAAGCCACCAAACGUAAUCCACAUGAGAUUAACUUCAACUGUGACAUCACAAAUUGAUAAAUCCAUUAAAGAGGGCCUAAAAAGAAUAAUAUUUACCUGUUCUUUGUUGCUUAAGAUUACUUGGUCUCUUUUCAAAAUUGUUCUGGUCAGAUUUAAUGCAACAUGCUAUUGUCCAUUGAAGAUGGAGAAAUUUUGGUUAAGACACGACUUUCGCUGUGUCCAAAAUGAGUCACUCAAUCCCUAACCCCUAACCCCCAUAUGGGAUUUUAAUAUAUAGUUGACUAUGUAGUGUACUCAAUUACCGGAGGUUUCAGACACUACAUGGCAAGACGCAAUGCAUGACGGGAUGCCCACCACCGAUGAGUGACCAUCGGAUGGUCACUACAUUUUGCAAUCCUUUAUGGGAAAUUUUGAGUCACCUAUAUAAGGCACUGGAAUUGAUCACUGAGGUUUUGGACACCCCUCAAAAUGGGGCUAACCCCCAUAUAGUCGCCUAUAUAGGUGUUAGGGAUCCAUUCCGGACACAGCCUGUGACUUUGUUUCAGGGCAACAGUAGAGGAGGUUUCAGGGGUGGCUUAAAGAGACAGUAGCUAAAAUAGAGCAUUUUAGACAGAGGCUGACAUGAGGAUUUGCAAAGAUGCCAAUAUGAAAAAAAAUAUUGUUUUUUAAUUAUUAUAAGGUGUUAGAAGGACAAAAUAAGGAAUAAAAUUGAGCAUGAAAUGCCCUCAGGGUAUGAACUCAGUGUGAUUACUGGCCAGUUCAAUGCAAAGGUGCAGAUAGACAUGAAUUUGUAGUGGGUGACGUUGAAUUUAUACCAGUUAAACUAAACUUGGGUAACAGCUGAACAUGCACAGAUAAAUUGGCUGGCCGAUUGAUCGGUGCCAAUCUCCUGAAUUUUGAGGGAUCAGUGAUCGGCUGAUCCUUAGAUAUGAAGCCGAUUUUAUCCACCAAUCUUAUCUACCUUAGCAAAGGUCUGAAAGUCAGCCGUUGUAGUUUUUUGCUCUGCCAGAAUGACAGUCUCGCCCACCAGGCGUGUGCACGCGCGCAUGCGUCAGCGGCACACAUAACAGUCAUCCAGAGCAUGAUGAACCAAGUAUGUUGAACCCACUACAUGGAAUCCUAAAACUCAGGACACUUUAUUGGUGAUUUAAGUUGUGUUGUUAGUUUGUCAGGUAGAUUAUUAUUUUACUAACUUUCUCAAACCUUGUGAUUUCCUUGUGUGCAGCUAAAACAAACACAAAAAGUUUGCAUUGUUUCACAAGUAUUAUUCAAUGUUUUUUAUUAAAAUAAGAUUGGAGCAUCAAAGGUGUAUGUUGUCAGUUAUAGAAAAAAAAAAAAAAGGUAUAGACCAAAAUCGGUAUCGACAGGUCAAGCUUUUUAAAGAUCGGAAAAUUGUGAUUGGUGCACCCCUAGUAACAGCUUAAUCUGGUCAUUUUGGGUUAAUCAUGCUGUGCUUUAGUGUUGACUUGUCCUUUGACAGCUUUAAUCGAGCACUGGUAAUUUUGGUCUACCCUGAUGCAUACCUGUGCUGAUCCAGACUUGGCUAACAGUAUCAGGCCAUCAAACUGGGCACAUGUCAGGCUACAGUCACUGGAAGCUGCAGACCAGUUUGUCCAAACACAGUUUAUGUAGAAAGAGAUAAAAUUACCAAACGAUGUGCACCUCCAGGAAAAGGCUGUGCUUGUUUUAACACAGAUCUGGAGUCACAGAUCUUUAUGUUGUGUGAACUGUCCAAAAAAGUAAUUUAAAUGAUCCUGCUGUCAAACUUUAGCUGUUAGCAUGAGCAGAAAGUGCUUUGGCUCCAGUCUGAGCACAGCAUAAGAGUGUAACUGGGGUCUUGAAAUGCAGUAUCUGAUGUGCUGCUGUUGUUAAUUCUCAGUGUUAUGUCCACCCCUAGUACGCUGCUGCUGUUGCUGUGGUAUCACUGAUUCUUACUGACACAUGCCACUACUUAUCAUGAUAUAUUGCCUCAGUGGGCCUUGUAUACAUGAGAUGCUCCUCAUGCUCACUGGCAGAUGCUGCUCUCCUCAGACAUCUACUGAUGGUGUGUCAGACUUGUUUUGGUGGUUGAUUACUAUUGUGAUUGUUUGUGGUGUGCCCCUUACAGAGUUGUACUGUUGUAGUUCUCUUAGUUUAUAUAGUGGAAAGUGGAGCCUGUCACUUGUGGCCCACUGACAGGUACUGCUUAAAACCGGUAUCAUUGUGGUCAAGGGAGGGUGCUGGGGUUGUUUGUACAACAAGAGAGCUGUCCCAUAUUUAUGUGCUAUAUGCCAGUUAGGGCUUGGCAAUAUGGGAAAACAUUUAUCACGAUAUAAAAAAAUCACUUGCCAAUCUUAAAUGCUACUUAUGUUUGCGUGUAGGUGCAGCCUGCAACUAUGCAGGUGUUUGCUACUUCAUUCUAAAUUAGCACAUGAUGGGUUCAGCACAGUGCGGACCUGGAGAAACUCCCCUUUUCAUUGACUUUUUAUAUAGUCUACCAAAACAUGGCAGAAUGCCGGCUAUCAAAAACCAUAUUGACCAUGUUUCAUAUUGAUAUUAAGGGAAAUUAAUUUUCUAUAUAUAUCGUUAUCAUUUUAUCGCCCGAUCCUAAUGCCAGUAAACAGGGUUGCACUAGAAGUCCAAAAAAUCUUUGUAAUUUUCUAGUAGUCUAAACAGAAAAUGAAAGUAACUAACUUGCUUAUUGAUGAAACACUCUCAGAGAACAACCAAAAUUUAGCACAAUUUAUCCUACAGGCUCAAAGUUUGCAGGUAAACAAUGGCAAAUGGGUGUACUGCCUGUGUGUAACAUUGGCAGAGGUAGCACACUUGAAACAUCCAUAUUCUUUGUCAUAUUACCAUAAGAGUUUUUAAAAAGUUGUAGAAGAAAAGUUUAUUAUAUUUUACAUUUGAAGAAGAAAUCAAUAAAAAGUUCAGAUCUAUUUGUGCAAGUCUUUACAGGGAUAUAGUUCUAGUCUCGAUUAUACAUGUACUCAUAAUAGUUGAAUCAAAAGCCUUCUGAUUUAUCUUCCUUUGACAGUCUGUAUGACACAGUCAUAAUCACUGUGAAGCUCCAAGAGCUUCUUAUAAUAUUUCUGAGUGGGAGCAAUCAUGGUAUGGUAACACUUGAAUGACAGGAUAUCGAGGAUAAAGGUUUCUCUAAUUACCUGCUUCAUACAGAGAGUUUUUUAUACUUUGAGAUCCAGAUUUGACAUCCUGUUGGGAGGACAUCACAGCUCACUUACACUUUUUAAAAUGUAUUCCUCUUUCUUUCUUUCAGUGGACCGCAGUUUGAAGCGCCGGCAGGUGAAGCCACUUGCUGCCUCUCUGUUAGACGCCUUGGAUUAUGACAGCUCAGAUGACAGUGACUUUGAAGUGGGAGAUGCCACAGGUAAGCCCAGUCUGUUUUAUGUCCAGGAGCGUCAUAUUUAUACCACCAGACAUCCUCAUUAAACAUGAAAAGAAGUGGACCUCAAAGGCAGAAUUUUUUAGGCAUAUAGAAGCCUUAAGUUUGACCUGUACGACAUACAGUGUUUUUCAAUCCAUCACUGCUGUGCCAUCUGUGUUACAGCAGUACAAGUUUUUCACUAGACAGAAAUCCACUCUAGCCAGCUUACCCAAAUCAAAAUCAUUAUAUUAAAGACGCCACAUGACGCAAACUUCUUCAAAUGCAUAGUGUGAAAAAAACAACAUGGCAAAAUACCAAGCUGUGAAAAAUUGAUGCAUAGUCUCUUUCAGUUGUAGUGCACAUGACUGUCUAAAAUUAGUAAAAUGAGUAUUGUCUAUGUGUGGGAAAUACUACAUUACUUUCUUCUUUCUUCUGUCUUUUUGACAGGAUCAGACGGCACGGGUAACGGCAGUGAUGAGGAGGGGUCCAAAGCGAGCGCCGCAGGUUCAGAAAGCGACUCAGACAAUGCAGGUUCUGCAGAAGACCCUGUUGAUGAGGAGGCGAAAGACCUGGCAGCUGAGGAAAAUCUGACUGAAGAUGAGGAGAAGACCAAACAGCAGUCUUCCUCUGAUAGCCCCACCAAAGACACUCCUGCUGUCACGCCGCCCAAGAGUCGCCGCAAGAACAAAAAGGCGUCAGAGCCAGAGCCCGCUGCAGCUGCCGAUGCUGAGUCUACCGCAACCUCAGGCUCUGGAAACAACAACAACAACAACAACGCAGAGGAGUCACAGGCCGAGCCCAAGAAGUGGAACUUCCGGAGAAACCGCCCCCUGCUGGACUUUACCACUAUGGAGGAGCUGAAUGAGAUGGACGACUACGACAGCGAGGACGACAACGAUUGGAGGCCCACAGCUGGAAAGAAGAAAGGAAAAGCAGCCACUCAAAAAGGAGGGACUGAGGAAGAGGAGGGUGGGAGCGCCAGUGAUGAUGAUGAUGACGAUGAUAAUGAUGAUGAUGAUGAUGACGAUGACGACGAUGAUGAUGAAGAUGAGGAUGAGGAAAAGGAAGAAGGUGGUGAAGACAACAACAGCAGCAGUGACAGUGAGAAAGAGGUGAAGAAGCCCAAGAAGAAGACGAAGAGCAGCAGCGCUUUUGACGAAGAGCUGACUAAUGACAGCAUGUCACAGGGAAAGGGCAACGAGGUAAACACUAAUGGAGUUUUACAGAGUCUGAUGUAUUCCCAUGAAAAAAAGAGAAUCAAAAAAACUUUGUUCUUUGGCUGCAGAUCUGCAGAAACCAAACGAGGGGCAGCAGUGUAGUCUUGAGUGUGUGACGGCACCUCAUUCCUGCAUCAUACAGACAAAAUUCUCUCAGCUCUUUGGCUGCACAAACAUAUUUCUUACAAAAGUCAUCAGAUCUUUCUAUUCUAUUAAAGGGUAAUUCCUCUACUUUUAUACUUGGGCCCAAAUCACAAAUAUUAGAAACUUCCAAACAGGCUGUAGCAGCUGGACUGAUCUACUAUCAGUCCAGCAGGUCUGCUCGAGGACUUUUGCAUUAUUUAGGCUGAGAUGCUUGAAUCUAAUGCAGUCUUUAAUCUUUGUUAUAAAGACGGUGCAGAUGAGUUAGGCUUACACAAUAGCUACUCUGUUUGGCACCAAUGACACCGACAACAAUACAAGUCAGAGAGUCGGCGUAUAAUCCACUGACAGGUUUAGAUGGUAUCAGAGGAGAAUUUUUGCCUUUGUUGUAAUCGACUUAGCGCUGCGUCCGCAAGCAUUGUUUAUGGGAUUUACUAACUGCCAGUUACUGGAUCUGCACCCGGAUCAAGGGGAGGGGGCGUCCGAUAAAUGGCUUUACCGAAGCUCUGCUUCCUGAUUUCCCAGGACGCCUUGCUGGACAAGUCCCAGCCCUGGAGCACUCAGCACAUCCUCAUCUGCUGCGUGUGUCUGGGAGACAACAGCGAGGAUGCAGAUGAGAUCAUCCAGUGUGACAACUGUGGGGUGACUGUGCAUGAAGGUAAGCUGAAAUUAGGCCAGAAUAUGAAAAACAGAGCAGAAGAGUCAUGCACAGGUGUUUCCUGAGACUAGAGUCAAAUGUUUUAGAAACACCAGAACCUCUGAAUGACACUGGACAUGUCUGUAUGACUCUCCAAGUCUUUCAGAAAAAGAGCUGAGAGCAUGUUUUGGUUCUUUUUUCUUUGACUUUCCUUUCUUUAUUAUGGGUUUUGUUUUCAAAGGCUGUUACUGAUCAAGAACAUGACAGGGAGUUUACGUGUCUUGUUGAAUUCAGAAAAUCAUCGAUUACUGAUAAUAUUUUAGUACUUGAUGGAAAGGUCACAGGUUCAAAAUCUGAUCCAAAAAGUGAACUUUAUUUGUGAUGAACUAACUAAUGUGUAAAGGUGUCCAUGCUGCAGAAACUUGAGUUAUGGUACCCCCGCCUUAACUUGGUCUGAGUGAGAAAAGAAGUAUAAAUCAUGAAUAGCGAGGAUUUACUUUUUUGAGAUCAGCUAUAGAAGAGGAGGCAUAUUGUUCAUGCUGUAGCUCACUCCUCUUACGCGUCUUUAACAACUUGAUUAAAUAAUUGAGUUUAGUUUGACUUCCCAUGAAGCUCUCACACAGCAUUAGUCCUUAGGUUCUCACGAAUAACUUACCCACUAACCAGCUCUUUGUCCAUUUGGUACAAAGGACGGCUGAUUUUUGGAGCUUUUAAUUCUCUAAAAGCAAGAUGUACGUUAGAGACCCAACACAACACAACACAGCACAACAGAACACAUCACAUGCAGUUUGUGUAAUUGUGUUAGAAACAGUGUAAGAGAGUCUGAGAGGAAUAAACUUCUUGUUUCAGCUCAAUCAGCUGAGUGAGUCUGACCACUUGGAAAGAGAUCGAUGGCUGAGUCAUCUCUUUGAGAUUGGACUUUUCUCAGACAUCUAUAGUCACAGCUGACCAUGCAGAGUGGAUCAAUGGGACUCCACUGAUUUUCAAUCACUUCAUUUAUUAUUUUAUUUCCUUUUACUUGGACCAAUUGAAAGGCACCAGACAAAGAAAGGUAGAGGGAGAAGAGCUACUUCCUCUCGCACAGAUAGAAAUGUUUGUAUUGAACUCAUGAGUCAGCAGCUUCUGGAUUUCAGGACAGUUUCUGACAAUCAGUGAAAAGUCAAAUGAACAUUAUAUGAGAGCUCUGCUGUAGGUUUUGGACCAUUAUUCUAUUCUUUAUGCUAAAGAAUUAACAGCUGGAUUUAAUCUGUUCUUUAGGAUCAGAAGAACCUGUUAUCAUUUAGGGUUAGGAUAUUAAAGUUGCUCCACGGUGUGUCAGUGCAGUGUGCAGACGUUAUUUAUGUGUCAUUUCAUCUGUCUGAGGAGCACAGAUACUGGCUGAUGCUUAUUUCAAAAAGCCAUUAAUUGCCCUGCUUAAUCUGUCUUGUCUCUGGAACCUGCUCAGGUGUGUGGAUGUUAACCUGCAGGGAGGCCUGAAAGCUAGCCCAGCUAACAUCAGCCACACUCAUGUAAACCAUCUGAAAGUGACACCUGAAUCGUGUCCUGAGAUUGAAAGCUAUUCUGACCAAUCAAAUGCUUCAUUUAGUGGUUGAGGUUGUUCCUCUUUACGCUGCAUCAUGUUUUACAUGAUGUGUGUGGUCCUUAAAUUGUCAGUUAUUUCAUUAUUAUUAGACCACUAAGUGUUUUUCCUCUCGAGUACCUCGUGAAAGUUGAAGAAAGUUCGACCAGUUUAGUGAUGAAAUUACAGCACUGUAGUUUUGAGCACUGGAAAUGAUCAGCAAUGAGCUGCCACCAUGUUGACAUCUGUCUGUAAUCACACAAACUAACACUCAGCCUAACAUGAAUGUGACUGGCUGAACUCUAUCAGAGUUUAGCCUUGAAAGCAGAAGCACCUUUGAGCAAGACUUGUCAGAUUAUCUCAGUUAUAUGAUACACACACACACACACACACACACACACACACACACACACACACACUAAUGGAGGGUGGGAACUGUCCUAAUCACCAAUUCUCCAUAGGCAGACAGGAGAUAUUAGGAGCAGGUCUUAAAUUUAUCUUGUUCGUUUGGUCGGCUGAUAUUUUCUUCCUCUGAGACAUGGCUAAUCUUUCUGAAAAGACACACAGGGGAGACUAAGUGGUUUGCAGUGGCAGCACUUGCGGCCACUUCCUAUCUUGCUCUCCAAGGACAUGAAUAGUGCUCUCCUUUUUCCCGGGCAGUGAAAUAUGGAACUUAAUUUGAGCCAUAAGUUUGGAGUUUCUGUGUACUCGUGCUCAAAGUGGACAGAUCUAUUGUGCUGUUGGAGGUUUAAUUCAGCAGCUCAGCUAUUUUUUGUCACCUUGUAUAUGAUGCUAUCCGUGAGAUUUAUAGCAAAGCACUUCAUCUCCCAGCAUUCCUCCUUACACUGCUGAGUUAAGGCAAUGUGUAAAGGUCAAUGGGUAGAUUUGGGAAAAAUAAAUUAUAUGAGUUAAUCAUGCAGAUUUCUGGAUCAGAACAAUGAGUAGAAACUGUGUCAGGAAUAACCAUGGCAGAGUUGUUAACCUGCAGAUUUUCAGCUUUCAUACCUCCUCUAUCAGACUUUGUCUCAUACUACUCCACCCACUGUAAAGGUUUAUUUUCGUCAUUUCAAACCUGGAUUCAAGAUAUUUUGGCUAUUAAUGACUAAUGGGUAAAAAUAUUUGACAUUUUCUGAGCAGAUUUCUUCAGCUAUCAACCAGAACAUCACCUCUAAUUGCUGCAGCUAAUCCUGUUAGUGGAAAUGUUCCAUUAAUUUCCACUCAUAAUGGACCUGAAAUCCUAUAUUUGAUGCAGCGAUAUUGUUUAUAACGUGUAAAGUUUGAGCUGAGGAGGGGAGGUGAACUCUCUCCAGCUCAGGUUUUGGCAUUCCACGUGUGGAAAAAUCAGGAAAUGUAAAACAUGAGACUGGUGUUGCCUAAUGAAGCAGUUUGGUGUUAUUCUGAAAAGGGACGUUGCAUUCAAUCAACUAUCAAGCUCUUUCAAUCCAGCCAGUUGGCGUGAGAAUUAUUAGAUGAUUAAGCUGUUAGUUAUAUUUGCCUAAAAAGAGGGUUGUGUGUAAGCUGUAACACUGCGGAUAAUAUAGGAAAAUAAGAAUAUCCAUUUACCUUUAAAUGUUUUAUAGAAAAAUGAAUGUUCAGAAAUGAAAAAAAAAAACAGCGCACAUUCUUAAUGUUUGAUGCCAUGAUGCUAUAAUGCUCUACCUGAGCUUGACCUUUUUGAUGGUUUCAGGGUGUUAAGUUUUUUCACCUUUAAACUGACAGUGAAGUCAGAUUUUCCAUUUCAACGACUGGGUUGUUAGCCGCUUCAGAACAUUUCCAAUACUGCACUCACAAAUGUUUGAAACCUCUUAUUGAACCAUUGCAUAUGAUUCAAUUCACAACACUGUAACCGGGCUGCUGCAACCCUAAAUAAGAAACUCUUUCCUGACACGAAAAUCUGCGACUGUUUGUUGCUUGUUUGAUUUUUUGACCUCUGUAGGUUAAGAUGAUGUCAUCCACCUUUACUGAAAAGGUGUUCCCAGAACAUGUUUGCUCAUUUUAGACAUCACAGAGUGACUUGUCCAAGCAAAAGGCGAGGUCAUACAAGGGGACGGCUUUGAGGCAGAGAUGAGAGACAUGCUGUCAGGAUCUGGAGCUCAUACCAGUCAGUCUUGCGGCUCAACUUCACUGCCUCUCUUUGUUGUUGCGUUUGCACCACUGUCCGGACACCAUCACUCCCUCUCAGACAAGAAGAGAGGCUUACAUGAAAGGUAGGCACACCAGACCUGAGCAAGAGAUCAAAAGCUGGAAUAGGCAGAAGCGUCUCCACAGAGCACACAGAGGAGUCCUGUUCUUCCCAGCCUUUCUUUGAUUAUCACACUCCAGCCAGCAGUACAGGCACACAUCAUUACCAUACCACAAGUUCUCCUUGAAGCCUUUUUUUGCUUUGGACUGUAAAUGCUACAGCAGGCACCUCCUGUCAGUGAGUUUUUCUCUAACUGUCUCUUUAUUUGGUUUGAAUUUAGUGAUUGCAUGUUUAUUCCUUUCUGAGGGCAACAUGUUUUUGCAACCAGAGAUUGUUGAAAAGGCAAAUGCUGAUUGUUUAUACAUAAUCUAAAAGAGUUGACGAUUUCCUGAUCCAAUGAUGUUGAUUUAUGACCAAAAUCCCACACAAACUCAAAACAUUCAUGCUCUCAGAAAGAUUUUUUCAUGACACAAAGUCAGGUAAAAGUUCAGCAAAAGUCUUGCAGAAUUUCGCGAAGUUAAUUUGCAAACCUGCACAAGACUUGACAAAGAUAUUGGUGGCAAAGUUGUAAAAAUCACAGUCAGUGACGCACACCCAUUAGGUUCUCCAAAAUUGUUUAGGAAGCAGUCACUACAUUCCUCGUUUCAAUUCCGAUUCCUAUCGAUUCUGAUUCUUUUAAAAGGCAGGAUAUGUCUAUGGAAAAGUACAAAGGCUAACGUUAGUUGGAUAUUUAAGUUGACCCACCGUACACAAUACAAAGUUAGCAGAAGACAGAAGUAUUUUAUUGUUUCACUUAUCUGAUUCUGGCUGGUUAGUGGAAGACCGGUGUUGUGCCGUAGAAUGCAUCCCCUUCACUCAUUAAUUUCUAAAAGUGGAAGAAAUAGAUCAUGACAACUAGUGGUGCAACGGAUCACAACACUCACGGAUCGGAUCGUUCCUCGGAUCAAGAGUCACGGAUCGGAUCAUUUUUCGGAUCAGCAAAAAGCAGUUUUGUCUGUAUAUUAAACACUUAAAUGGUUGAAUUAAAAUAUAUAAAAGUAGUACAUACGGCAUAAUAUCUUCUUUUCAACAUAAUUAUUAAUGAAAAACAACUUAAAGUGCAAUAUAUAGGCAUAUCUCCUUCCUUUAAAAUGUAACAAUGAACCAAAAAUGAAGUAUGUGCGCGGUGGGAUAUUGUAACGUGGCUCAAGCACUUUCAGCAUGUUUUUAAAGCCCUCGUUUGCACAACUGAAUAUGGCCUCAUGUCUGUAGCUAUAAACACACCGAUAGCGUUUGUGAUAGCUUUAACCCGGUCGGAUUGCGCAGGAAGAGGCUGCUUAAAUGCUGCGGUGAUGAGCGGUUGCUGGCCAGCUUUCGUUUUAUCUCAGGUGUUGUGACAUAGAAUGCACCCCUGCCGUAGAAUGCACCCCCUGACGGGAGCGCGGUUUAAAGUACAUAACGAGGAGAAAUAAUCCAAGUUUUUCUUACAUUGGAUGGAUUCAAAAGCGUUUGCCUGUAAUAAUUUCAUUCAGGCUAUUCAAAGAAGCCAAAAACAAAAGCCCUUGGAAUAUUGCUGUCCCGAAAAUAUAAUGCUCUGUACCUGGACAGCUUUCUGUACAGUUUAUACCCAAGUACACCUCUAUAUUUGCAUUUUUGAGACACAUAAAAAGAAAAUGAAAGUUUGCUGCUCCAUUUGACAUGUUGUCAUGAUCUAACACUCGUGUUUCUUUAAAUAUGAGAUCAUUAUCUCCACUUUAAGAAGCUAACGAGUGGAGGGGAUGCAGGGGUGCGUUCUACGGCAGGGGUGCAGUCUACGGCACAACACCUGUCAUUAAAACACCCGGGUGAUGUUGCUUUCAAAUGCGUGAACAUGCUCGAUGUGUUUCCACUGUCAUAUGGCUUUCUUAUGCCACAGUGCCUACACACCUUCGCAGUUUUGUCCACUGACCUCUUUCCUUCCUCAUCAUAGUUGACAGGGAAGCCAAAUUUUUUUUUUCAGAAAUCGAACCGCGGGUAACGUGUGUGCUGAACCGAUGACGUCGAUUCGAACGGAUCACGGAUCAAUGAUGAUCCGUUGCACCACUAAUGACAACGUGUCAAAUGGAGCAGCAAACUUUUGUUCUGUUUUAAUAUGUCUCAAAAAUGCACAUAUAGAGGUGUACUUGGGUGUAUACACUGUACAGUAAGCUGUCAAGGUAGAGAACAUUAUAUUUUCGAGACAGCAAAUAUUCAGAAUCAGAGGGCUAUUGUUUUCGGUUUAUCUGAAUAGCCUGAGUGAAAUCAUCAAAGGCACACGCUUUAGAAUCCAUCCAACGGUAAGGAAAACUUGGAUUUUUUUUGCCUUGUUAUGUUCUUUCAACUGCGCUCCUGUCAGGGGUGCAUUCUACGACACAACACCGGCGAAGCGCGUCAAAAACAGGCACUCGGGUAUUUCUCCUCCAUGAAUCCUGAGGUGUUUAAUCAUGUUGGUCGUUUACCCUCCUUUUUAUGAUAUAAUUGUGUUGCUAAUGUUGCACUGAUAUAAGAGUUCACUCUUUCUAAAGUUAGCCAAACUUUUGACCGCAGCCACUGUGGGUUGCAAUGUACUCUUGCUCUCUGUCUCUCUUCUCUCUCUGUGAGGCUUCGUCUCAUACGCUUCUUCCUCGUUGCUGUUUGGCGGCGUCUUCCUCGUUGGUGUUUGGCAGCUAUUUCUUCCAGUCGGCGGACUCCGGUAUCGAAACUUGGAAUAGAAAUUUUAAAAUUUGAACGAUUCUGGGAGAAUCAAAAGGUUAGUCCAGGUCCCCAUCAAUGCUUGAGUCUCGAUACCCAACCCUACUCACGUCCACUGAAAGAAGAAAAAAGCCUCCUCUUCUGCUUUUGAAUGUUAUUGGUCAUCUCCUGUCUUUUCCUCUUCACUCACUCAUGAACUAAAAUUCAAAAGUAACUAUUUACAAAUAAAACCUAUCAAACAUCCAGAUAUAUUGUGUUUGUAAAAAAAAGCCUUUUGACUCCCUUUCACUUUUUCAGGCCCCCUCACAUGAGGAUGGCCCGUAUUGUCUUGGCGUCGGCACCAAAACAUGUAUCGCUGUUUACACAUCGUAUUGUACAUAGGCUUAGUGCAUUUACAUGACAACGCAAAAUCCACGCAAAAUCCUGUAGUACAUAUGCCCGGCCUUGGGGUGACACUGUGAAAUUGCCACAGAGCACCAAAAACAGAGAAUGCACAUACAUACAUGCUGUGUGUGACAACGUGGGUUGGGGGGCGGGGAGGAGGAGGGGUGUUAUGAAGUCACUGUCUUUUCCGGACUUAAUCUAUACACACCAACUAUGGCAUGAAGACGAAUACCCAGAUAUCCAGUCCCCCCCCCCCCCCCCCCCCCCCACACACACACACACACACACACACACACACACACACACACACACACCAAUUACUUUGGUGCGUACUAUCUGAGUAUGCAGAUAGUUUAGGAGUAUCUUAGUAGCUCAGGAGGUAGAGCGGUCCUCCAAUAACUGGAAAGUUGGUGGUUCAAUUCCCCCAUAUCCCUAGUCUGUCUCUUGUGUCCUUGGACAAGACACUUAACCCACCUUGAUCCCAGUGUGUGUCCUCCAUAAGGGUAUGAUUGUGAGUGAUGUUUGGUGGCAGUCGGAGAGGUCGUAGGUGCGAAUUGGCAGCCACGUUUCCAUCAGUCUGCCCCAGGGCAGCUGUGACUACUAAGGUAGUUUACCACCACCAGAGUGUGACUGUGUGAGUGAGUGAAUGAAUGAAUGAUGUAUCUAAUGUAAAGUGCUUUGAGGGUCGCUGAUAAAGCAUUAUAUGAAAUCUGAUACAUUAUUUAUUAUUUAGUUAUUCUCAAUGUUGAAAAAUGCAGAAUUUUAUUAAAAGUAAGAAGGAAGGACUGUUCUGUUUUCAACAAGGCUUUUAUCAACUAAACAAGUCAUGAUAGAUCAGCAGACCUGACCUCCACACUUUAGUCUGCUGUGUCUACGACUGAAUAUGAACAAAUAAGAGUUGAAUUGAAAGAAGUUUGUGGUUCAAUGUGAAGUUUUCUCCAAACUUCUGAACGGAUGUUUGAAUUUCAAAUGAAAAAUAACGACUGUAAUGCUGUCAAAGUGUUUUUCUUGAACCUCCAGCUCGUCAGUAGCAGGAUUGAAAAUAACCUCAAAGUAACCGAAUCACAUCACCCCACUGAAAACAGCUUUUUUUGUAACUGAUAGCUCUUGUCUUCUUACCCACAUGAUUACACACUCUCUAUCUACACCCUGUGAAAGAAAAGCAAACAUUUCUUUCUAUUAAAUCUCAAUUCAGUUAAAAGUACUCUACCGGUUCAGUCAACUCUACCUUGCCCCUUCUUUUUUCCUGCCAAGCUCGUCAUUUCUGACAAGGAUAAUCUUUCCUCCAGGGAUUAUGAAGCUAUCCUGUAGUCAUCACUUUUUGUCAGCUUAGCUCAUAUUAGCCAGCAACCCGUGGCUUAGCGGUCUGAGCUUUGUAUCCCAGUUCAAAAGGAACACCCAAGAUUUGUGCCACGGUUCAGCCAUAAGUCGGUUAAACCUGCAUGGUGGUCGUUUACAACCCCCAGUUUCAUGGUUCAAAGCCCAAUCAGUGAAGAUGGAGCCCAGCUGCUGUUAAAGGUAUUCCACUAAUACCUUUCCUUAAGAAAAUAACUGUUGAGUGGAGCCUCAUGCUGUGGAGGAAAAUGGAGGCACCAGUUAAGUCCACAUCUUGGGUAGUUAGAUACUCAGAUGCACUUGGAUUUGAAGGUCAGGAUAGAGUCCAGCUGUGUCUUAAUUGCCCCAGAGGAGUAAUCAGCAGCUUGAUUGGUGUGUCUUGCAUUUGAGUCGAUCUGGAGGAGAAACCAGUGGCCUGUAAACACUGAAGGUGAACCCCACCAGCUGAGAAAGAGCAGAGUUCAAAAUUAGUGAUUCACUGUGACAUGGAGCAAAUGGUACACUCAAUCAGAAAAGGACAUGCAAUAAACAACUCCGUCUGCUCUAGUGUUUGCUUUCCAUGAGCCGCCUGGCUCCCCGGUGUGGCUGGCAGUGACAGGCAUGCAGAACAUCCAGCUUUUGAUUUGUGAGUCUUUCCUAUUGCUCAAAAAGCCUGAAGGCUGGUGGACUGAAUUAGGAGUUAGAGCGUUAUCUCCCCAACGGAGGCAGAGCACUGAUUGCUGCCCUCAUUGGUAGUGAAGAGCACGUCUGCCUGGUGUAAUAGCUGCCAUAGAAACCACAUCAGCCAAGUAAUUGUUUAGGCAACCUCAGAAAAUUAAGAGGACAACAUUGAAAUUCUUUCGCUCAGCUCCUUCUUGCUUAAUUUUUUUAUCAAAUGUUCAAUUUGUGGUGCUGCAGUGUCACAGCAGAUUGACAGCUUCAGGCCAGAGCAGACCAGGUCUCUUUCUGCAUUUGUUUUCUGCUCCGUUCUCAGAGUGUUGGAAAAUUAAACCACAUGGUAGCAUGAAAUAUACGACAAAAUCAACCAUUUCCACACAGGACAAACAUCAAAGCUAUGCUAAUGUAGCUGAGACCAUGUUCUGCUUUUAAAGGGUCUGGAUGCUGAUUGGUUCCAGUUUUCUUCUCUAAUGUACAGUAGCUAGCCUUGUAUGGCUCUUAUAUGACAUCGGAAUUUGCUGGAAAUCAUUGGUUUUUAAUGCAGAGAUGGAAGCAAAGCCAUUAAUCAAGGAUUUCCCAGUCCACAUCCUGCAGCUCUUAUUUUACAUUCCCCAUUUCCCAGUACGUGUUCUGUAUCUGCACUCAGAGUUCUGAAUUGCCUCCUACAUACUUCAGUCUGUAUCCGGCAAACGAUAUUUUCAAAUUAAAAAGGUGUAAACCAACCGUCUUUGAAUCGACUUACAAGACUUUACCAGAAAACAUUCAAUUUAACUCAACUCAACUCAACUUUAUUUAUAGAGCACUUUAAAUGCAAACAAAGCUGACACAAAGUGCUGUACAUAACAUAAAAAGAUACAACAACAAUAAAUGGUUGUUUUAAAAUAGAAUAAAAAAAGCAAUAAAACAAUAAAAAACAAAACAAAUGCCGUCUCAUGCUGGGUCAGAAGCUGAAGAAUAAAAGUGGGUUUUUACACAGGUUUUUGGGUUUUAGCUCUGAGCAACGCAGAGAGUGCAACAGGGUUAUGAAGCUGUUUGAAUUAUAAGCUGUAGACUUCAACAGAAAACACAGAUGAACAAACUAUAAAGAGAAUUUUUAAAAACUAUCUUCAUCAUAUAAACUUAGCACAACCAAAUGGCUGCUGAUAACCUCGAGUAUGUUUGACUGCGUUAUUGUGGCAGUUCAACUGUAAUGCAGCAAAAAUUCCAAACUGGAAACUGAAAGUUGAUCCCAUCCUAGUGACCAGAUAUUACAUGACCAGGGCGUGUUUCAGUGGCAGGAAGUCCUUGUUGGUGGAGCUGACCCAAUGAACAGAGGCGAAGACUUUAUUGCCAUCACCCUGUUUUAGGGCUGCACGAUUACUUGAUUUGAAAUCAUAAUCAGGUUAUUUGAUUAUGAUGUUAAAUAAAUGUAAUUGUCAAAUUGAUUUUCCUCUCCCUUCCUGCGGAGGUGCUCCCCAGUUCCCACACACACCAGUGUAAAUAAAGAUGGCGUUUGCAAAUGAAGGUGAUAAUUUCGAGGCUAAAUAGGACAAGAACAAGUCAGUCCUGUGGAACUAGUACGGCUUUGCAGUUCCAGAUGAAGAGUAAACCAGUCCCCACUACAAAGUCUGUCUAAUGGCGGUAUUAAUCCGUCCACAUGUUCCCAGCCUUGAAUGUAUUCAGGAGUAAAUGCAAAGGUUUUUGUUGUAUCGCUGUUUCAUCCACAUGGACACAGUGACUUGAGUGACUGUAAAUAGUACUUUUUGAAAAUGGGUGAGGUAGUGCAUAAAUCCAUAAACGACUACUAUACGCUUGCUCCUUGCUCUUCUUCUGUUUUUUGCACAGUUCCUCAGCAGCGUUACAGCGCCACUUACUGGCGCGGCAUAUGCACAUAAUUUUCAGUGGUUUUGUUUUGAGAGAUGAUAAAAAAAACGUAUGAUUAAAGUAAAUUUGGUGAAGUUGUUACUGAAUAAAAAAUCGAAAAUGAAAUCUAAAAUUGAGUUUUCAGAGAAAAAAAUUGGGAUUUUAUUUGUGGCCAAAAUCACGCAGCCCUACCCUGUUUUUAAUCCUGGCCUUCUUCUGCCCUUUGCUGCAUCUCUGUCCUUUCUUCUUUGAAUUUCCUAGAUUUUGUCGGUCCUCAGAUUAUUAAUGAAUAAUUAUUUCUGUUUGUAUGUUUUUUAGGGUGUUACGGCGUGGAUGGCGAGAGCGACUCCAUCAUGAGCUCCGCCUCAGAGAAUUCGACAGAGCCCUGGUUUUGUGACGCCUGUAAAAACGGAGUGAGUCCCAGCUGUGAGCUGUGCCCCAACCAGGAUGGCAUCUUCAAGGAGACGGACGCUGGGAGGUGAGACACAGCCAUACGCUGACCCGUCGGUCAGCUGCCAUUUACCAAAAGUAGCGAGUGGAACAUGUUCAGAAACAAAUGAUGCUUUAGUUAAUGACUUCAGCUGGUUAAAAUGCUGAAGGCAACAUAAGAGGAGCCUGAAAUUGUUCAUAUAUUCAGGAGUGGAAAGAGGGAAGUUGGAUUAAGGAGGAGAGGGAGAGAAGUGGCAGAGGAGUGAGGGAGGAGAAGAGAUAGAGGAAGAAAAGGAGUGAGAGAAAAGAGUGUGUUAUGUGAAGCGUGGAGACUUCAGCCACGUUAUCGCUGAUAGUGCUCCUCAGCCAGGCUGCACCCGAAUUUACUACUUCACUAGAGCAUGAAAAACACAGCAAAUUAAACUGUGAAGCUGUUGCUUGCUAGAGAUGGAUAUCUUUAUAUUGGACUUCGGAUUCUCUUCCCUAAAGUCCGCAUUUGAAAUAGUGUCACAGCAGACUGUAGCUGGAGUCUGGGCCUGCAGAAAUCUAUGAAUCCAUUUCUGUCUGAAGUGUCUGCGUGACUCUCUGUCAGGCGGGUUGAUGAUAUUAAGAGACAUUGUCUGCAGAGAAACACCAGACUUAAUGCAAACACAAACAGCCACAGUUUCUUCACCAGUUUGAUGCUAGUUUUUGAAAUCAGUGGUCAGAAAUUCACAUUUGUUUGGAAAAUUAUCUUCUGAUCCGUCCCUUCAAAGUAAGAGUCUAAUUUUGUGUUUCCAGAUGGGUGCAUGUGGUUUGUGCGCUUUACGUUCCUGGGGUAGCGUUUGGAGACAUUGAUAAACUCCGACCAGUGACUCUCACAGAGAUGAAUUACUCCAAAUAUGGGGCCAAGGUAAGACCUCCUUUAAAUCCAGAUGCAUGUAGAAAUGUGCGUUUAUGUUUAUUUCUGUGAACCUGACAGAUUUGACGAAUAGUGUAAUAGUUGGACGAGGUCAGGUUUUGUGGGUCAGUGCAAAGACACUAAGAAAUCCCAAACCUUUUCUUGAACCCAAAGUAGACAUCAACAAAAACACUCGACAAUCAGUCAAGUACCACAAAGAGCUUAAAUCCAACUGAGAUUUGUUAUUAUUUCUAAAGGAACAAAGACAAGAGAAAAGCAAUCAGACUGAAAGUUCAAAUCCAAGUUCAAAUAUUUUCUUUCAACAGUCCACAAAAAAAUAACUCAGCAGUUCAUCGGGGACACGCUCACAGCUUUCAGUUCACCUCAGUUCAUGUUCAUGUGAAGAAGUGUUGCAGUUCAAGGCAGAAACAAGGAGAAACAGAGAAAAUCCUGCAGCAGUUACCUCAGGACAGAUUUUUCUUUCAAUCUUAAACUGUUCUUUGAAUCGUUAAAACUUUAUUGGAGUCAUGAUUUUAGACAGUCAAGUUAAAGCUGAUAGAGUUUGUACCAUCAGGAUCAUGGUUGGAGUUUGACUUGACAUGCCGCUGUUAUCCAGAAAAGCACAACCGUUCAAAGUUUCCAUGACUACGUUGAAGAAGAGACAGCUUUGCUACUGUGUUCGCAGGUGAAAUGUGAAUAGUUAUUCCUCUUGUUGUCUUGUGCUGAACUCAGGAGUGCAGUUUCUGUGAGGAUGCCCGCUUUGCCAGGACUGGUGUGUGCAUCAGCUGUGACGCUGGAAUGUGCCGCUCGUAUUUCCACGUCACCUGUGCGCAGAGGGAGGGGCUUCUGUCUGAGGCUGCAGCUGAGGAGGUGAGGAGAAGAGUCUGUGGAUUCAGUCCAUAAACACACAUCAUCAUUUGUUCAACAGAUUUAUUUUAAAGACGUAUAAAAAAGUAUAAGAUGUUUAAAUGAAAGAUAAGCGUUAAGUGGGAAGUGCUUCACAACCACCAAAGGAUGGAACUUAAAGGUUAAUAUUCUCCGACCAUCCUGCUCAUGAAUUCAUGCAUCAAACAGCCCUUCCUCUACACAGUUACAGAAAAGUAUCCGCUAGCUACAAAACACUUGAUCCAGCAAAUUGCAAUAAAAGACUUGUAUUAAACAGCCAAACUGCUGAUAAUAUCAAUAGCUAAAAGAAGAGCUUAAAGGGUUCCAGCAGCAGACAGGGAGGGGGGUGGAGGGGAGAAGCUGGCAUGUAAAACUUGUAGGAGCUGUGAUGUUGGCAGUCCUCACUAAUGAUUAUAACUGUUAAUCUGUGCCUGAUUUUGUUUCCUCAGGACAUCGCUGAUCCGUUUUUUGCAUACUGUAAGCAGCACGCUGACCGCUUCGACAGAAAGUGGAAGAGGAAAAAUUAUCUGGCCCUCCAGUCGUACUGUAAGGUCUCUCUGCAGGAGAGAGAGAAACAGCUGACUCCUGAGGCUCAGGUGAGCUUCAUUUAGUUGUACGCUUCUGCAGACCAGACAAACAAGUGCUGGUCGGGUCCAGAUUGUUAUUUUUCAUGUCUGACAGAAAUAUUGAAAGGAUCCCUGCAGAGAUAAACCCUCUCUUAGAGCCUGUUAUUGUGUGGCUGAGGUAAAUAUUUGAUUCUGAUUGACUGAGUUUUGAUGCUGACUUUAAUUUUGAUGUUUUAAGUACAACGAUUGGAAAAUAAUUCAAAAAAGGAACAGAAAAAAGACAGGAACCAAACCUGCCUCCUUCAAAGUGAAAUCCUGUUUUCACCAUGCUGCUUGGGGAUCUUUCCGAGGGUCUUGUACUGGCUGUUUGUUGAUCUUUCUCCAUGCCAACAGAUGAAGUAUACCCCUCAAUCUCAUUAAAAAAUGCUUUAGAUGUGAUUAUCUGACUGUGGCAUCAGAAGAUGUUAGAGUGUAUUUUUCUUAGGUCUCUGAUGGAGCUCCUGAGUUUGCAGGAUGGCCUGGACCCUUUUUUUGAAUAGCAACUGAGGUGUGGUCCAAUGCUGUCUCGCCCCGUUAGUUGACUAAUGUUUGAAAGCAGCUGCAGAGCAGAAACUGGGAUGUUUUGAAAACUGAGUUUACUUUUUUCUUCAUGAAGAAGUUGAUGUAGCACCUUCUGGUUUAGGUAAAGAAUCUUAAUAGAAGAAAUAAGGUCCCUCUCUGUAGGUAUCCUCAUAGGAAUGCUGUCAAUCUGAACUGAUUGGUGGUUUUUGUUUUUAUUUAUUUGCACAUUAUUAAAGAAAAAAGGUAAAUCAAAUAAAUCAUACGUGCAAAUGAGGUAGAACCCAGAGAGGAAGUAUCCCAAAAACCUCACCUUCAGGAAAUAAACAAGGACAAAAUGUUGCUCACACAAACUUGUGCAUGUCAGCUCCAUGAACAACCACUUGUGCUCUGUUAGGAAAAGCUAAACAGGAGAGUUUGUUCAUGUGCCUGUGUGCAGGCCCGGAUCACCACGCGCCUACAACAGUACAGAACCAAAGCAGAGCUAUCAAGAAACACUCGACCUCAGGCCUGGGUGCCCCGCGAGAAGCUCCCGCGACCUCUGACCUCCAGUGCCUCAGCCAUCAGGAAGCUGAUGAGGAAGGCGGAACUGAUGGGCAUCAGCACCGACAUUUUCCCCGUGGACACGUCCGAUGCCAACGCCAGCUUGGACGGACGCAGGAAACACAAGCAGCCCGCCCUCACUGCAGACUUUGUCAACUACUACCUGGGUGAGGAAACUCAGAGUCAGGUUUUUAGAAAUCAGAAAUCUAUGUGUGCAAAGACUGAUGAGAAAGAGACGAAAUAAAACCUGAAUGCUGAUGCUGGCAACUUCAAAACGCAAAAUCACUGAGAACUGUCUUUGACAGCUUUUCGUAUAGACCAAAGCUAAGGUGAUGAAGCUCUUCUCAUGCAGUAUUUGUCGGCACAUAUACGUAAUUUCUUUCUUGAUUGUAAUUUAAAGGAUGCUGGAGGUGUUGAAGCGUUUAUCUUCUGUGGGUGUGUGCUGUAUUUUUGCACAUUUUGCUGAAGUUUCUUUGUGACUGAUGUUUAACGGCGCUCUCUCUGCCUGAAUAAAUCCUUUUGAUGCCAGCUGUUGGAGAUGCUGUGGCGGUAACCUUGAGAGCACUCUUGAUUAGCCUGCAGCAGAGGGCCUAUCUGCCAUCAGUACACCCUCUCAUGUGCAUUUUCCUGUGUAUAGAUUGUGAUCACUCUAUUGAUUUUCGUCCCAUUGAUAUUCAGAGCGGAACAUGCGAAUGAUCCAGAUCCAGGACAACAUCUCCGAGCAGAAGAACCUGAAAGACAAGUUGGAGAGCGAGCAAGAAAAACUGCAUGUGGAGUACAACAAGGUGAGCCGAAUUACAAGAAGUUAUAUCCUGAUGAGUAGUUUAACAUGUUUGUGCUAAGGUGACCAUAGUUAAAUAAGGAAAAACAGACAAACAACAGACCACACCAGCUAAGAAUUCCUCGUUUUAAUAAGCAGCAGUGGGCUAAAGCAGCCAGUGCUGUUCAGUUAAGGUUUAUUUUUCAGUAAGCAGUUGUGAAGAGCUCCUGUGUGUUCGUGUUUGUGGGUUAAGUCUGCAGCAUGGUAGGUUGUGAACUUGAUGUACUCUGUGAUUAUCUUGAUCAAAAUGUUUGCACCAAUGUGAAAUUAUCCACAGACGUCUCCUGCUCGCCAAAACAACAACAACAACAAAAACUAGAAUUUUAGACACUUAAAAUUUGUCUUAAAUCACUUGAUGUGAAGAAAUCAGUGUUUUUCCAGCGCUCUAAUCAGCAAAGACAGGACAUAAGGAAGUGCUUUGAGUGAAGCUUCACCUUAAAGCCAGGCACAUGAUUUGAAGCAGAUUCUGACCCAGUUUAGGAGUUGCACUGGAAGCCUGAUUGAGCGCCAUUUGUCGGGCUGUGUUCAGGGGGUCGAUUGUCUCUCCUGAAUGGUCGAAAAAACUCCUGCAUGACAGAAGAUUUGUCAUUAAAAUAAGUCCAAUUUACAAACAAUCUCAUGGACACUGUGAAGUAACUGAAUACUAGUUUGGCUUUAGAAUGGCAAUGAAAAAUGAGUGAUUUGUAUAGUCUGUUUCAAAGCCCUAAAAAUGAAGAUUUGACGGUAUGAGCGCUUACUCACUGACCAGGAACAAUGUCUAGAGUCUGUGAGUGUGGAGAUCAGGGGCCUGUUCUACGAAGCAGUAUUACUGCUUAGCGAGGUAACUUCGAGGGUACGUUCGGGGUUUCCUGUUCUAUGACCAGGUUCACUUCUUAGUGAGGUGAGUCUCCAUGGCAACGUACGCUGAACGGCUAACCUGCUCUGGGGCAGGUUAGGUUCCAGAUUGAACUCACCAAGUAUAAAAACCCCGCCCACUGACCACUGGCUUGUCCAUUCUUGGAGGAUCCUAUAGACUUUGGUGCCCGCAUUGUCCGGAGGAGCACUCCGGCGCGCGAGAGUUUUCAGGGUCCGCACGGACCCACUUAUUUUUCCAUAUGACCACCUUUAUGAAAGGCUCAUAUGGCCGACAUAUCACACAAAAAAUGUAAACACGAUAGGAAUGAACAAAUGAAUGAAAUCAUCUUGGAAAUGAAUUAGACAUGUCUGGUGCAUGUUAAAAGCGCAUGUUGAACAGUGCUAUUUCAGGGUGAUAAUGGCAUCAAAGAUUUUUUGGGCACUAUACUUAAGCAUUGAGACUGUUGGCAAUUUUCUGCCAGCAUUCACUCCGUGCUUUUGCAGCAGCGACGGUGUUGCUGUUGAGGUUUAUGAUAGAUUUGCAUUCUUCAUACUUUCUCAUGAUCGUCUCCUGCUCCUCGUUUGUAAAGUCUGCGGUCCUUCGCUCUCCGGUCUGCUCUGACGCUCCAGACUGGUCCAUGUUCGCGAUUGAUCAGAUGUGGCGGGCUCCGCCUUACAUGCGUGCACGCGCUCAUAGCAAAGCUGGAUCCACUUAUGAGGUUGAUAACCAGCAUCGUAAGACCAUUUAGCGAGACUGCUGGCUACCGUGCUAAGUUAACAUGAGGUUGAACUUGCUUCGUAGAAUAGGCCCCUGAGUUCAAACAAACAAACAAACAAACACAGUAGUCAGCUGCUCUUUUUUAUGGAUAAUGUUCAUUUUUCUUAGUAUAAAGAUUAAGUUCUGCUCUUCUCUCUUUGCUCUGAAUUGUCUGCAAACCUUCUCCUCGUAUCUCCUCAACCAUGUGACCUUUGCGAAGGGGCUGCCGCUCCAUCUGUCAACAUGAGGAGGUACACACAGAGGAGUAAAAGUCAGAGGAGUUAAUGUUGCGUUGAGUCGUCUGCCGUGCGUGUUAAGCGUUAUUAAUGGAGUGUGUGUUGCUAAUUGCACGCCUUGACUGGCUCUAACGCAGCUCUGGCCUUGAAGAAACUGAGGGUGGUGGUGGUGGGGGUGGGGAUGGGGGGUGGUCAUUACGAGUCUCAUUCUGACUGAUACACAGUGAGGAAAAGCUGGAUGAGCUUUAAGACUCAGUGUGUCUACACUGUUUACAUGCUACAACACAUGUGCUUAAUAUGUCAUUGAAUCAUCAUUCAGACUGUGACCUUUAGCUUUAGUCAUAAUAACUUUAAUUACAGUGAUUAUAACUUAAUGUAUGAAGGAGCGCUUUGACACACAAGUACAAGAAUACACUGGAACUCAAACCCAAAACCCGACACUUCCACAACCCGAUGAAAUGAUCAAAAUAAUCAGCAGCUUCAAUUCUUAAAAAAAAGGCUUCAGGGUUGUUACGAGUGGCUGGCUGCUGUAUGGAGGUUUGGUUGCUUCACCCUCUCUUCCUUUUGGUUCGAUGAUUAAGCAAUUCAUUUUACCAGGUUGUCCCCGGGUUGAGCUGCAGGGUUUUGUUAUUUUAGUUUGGCUGUAGGUUGCCAGUAGUCCUAUUUUUGUUUUUUUCUUUUCUGAUUGAGUUCGUUUUUUGGUGAGGUAGUCUUAGUGAGGGUAGAUGACUGGUUCUAUGGCCCAUUGUGUGGCUACUUAUGACCACCACCCCCUCUUUUGUUACUUUUGACCGGUGCCUACAGCCCUUUUAUUUCAUUGCUUUAUUGUUGAAUUAAUUUCUGCUUAUUGAAAUAAAGUUUGUUUGGCACUGAGGGUCUCUGUCUGUGUCCUUUCUGUAAAUUUUACCGGUCUCUUGUUAAUAGCCUUAUUUUUUUUCUUGGUGAUUCAAAUUAAUUAUUUUUAAGAGGCCACAGCAAGGGUAUCAAAAAAAAAAAAAGAUUGACAACGCCAAUAAUUUGCAUAUUUGAUUGCUACUGCCCAAGCCUUCAUUGACCUAAACUGUUUACAUAGUCUCUGUUGGUUUGAGUAUACACCGUUGUAACAGUUUCCACCUCCACUAAACCGUGUUUUCAUGUAGGAGAUAAAAGAGGGGAAUGAAGGAGGUCUGUUAUUUCCUCAGGGUGUUUUGAUCUCUCAGGGCUGUGGGGUAGCUGGAUAUGAACCUGAGUGAGUUUAUAAGUGUGUGUGUGCUGACGAGAACCCUCUUGUUGUGUCCUCUCCCCUUCUGCAGCUGUGCGAGUCUCUGGAGGAGCUCCUGAAUGUGAACGGAGAUCUGAGGGGCGAAGGCCAAACCAUGUGGACUCUGCUCGGGGGCAUAUUGGGUCAGGUACCUGUGCUGUCUUUAUUCCUUUUCAUGUCCUCCUCUCUAAUGUUCAGAAACUCUGUUGAUCUUUCUCUUCCCUCCGCUUGGUGAUGAUUGAUGAUGGAGAGUUUUGUAGAUUGUGUGGAGCAGCAGCGGCUCCGGACUAACCCUGCUGUUUAUAAAAGUCCUUUCAUUUCACACUAACUGAUGUAGCUGUCAUUUACCGUGAAGUUGGACCUGACUGCAGGAAAGUAAAAGCUGUAUCCCACUUCACGUUCCCUUGGCAACCAAUUGCUAAGACGUACCUUUACAGCUAAUGGGUAAUUUAAUGAAUGUGCUGCAGUCUACAGAAAUAGACAGAGAACUUUCUGUUUGUCGGCUGGAACCGGCUAAAACUGCACAGCUAAAGGUGAUUCAACGUCUUCAUCAGAUCAAUGUGACUCUCUGAAGACUGCUCCUGGUUUACCUGUAAUUUAAUACACAUUAAUGUUAAAAUAGAAAAAUUCAAACAUACACUUCUGAAUAAAAACAGUCAUCAAGUCCUGGAUGAUCUAAAGUUUCUUUAAGGAAGGAUUUAGAAGUAUGGUUUUCUUUCUCCUCAUGUUCAAGUGAUCCAGCCUGUUUUGAGAUACAGAUGUGAUUGAGUGUUUUCUCAGAUCUUCAGUCUGGUUCAGCAGCUUAAAAAUGACCUCGUCAUGUGCAGACGUUCUGUGUCUUAACCUGUACCAACCUGCUGAUGUCACACCUCUCACAGAAUUUUUACACAACGUCAGUAACAUGUGCUGAGUGUAAGGACAGGGGAGAAUCUAGGGGGUAGUUAUCUUAUCACUGUAUCAAUCCAAUCCAAUCCACUUUAUUUAUGUAGCACUUUUUUUUUUUUAAUUCAAGUUUACCAAAGUGCUGCACAAUAAAAUUAAAAGAACAGACACUGCAGAAAACAUCAAGAGGAAAGAAAUAAAAGCAGGUAAAAAACAUUGAAAAUGAAAAAGGAUUAAUGAAAUAAAAACACAGAUGCAUAAAAGAAAUAAAAGUGAUAAAAGGACCUUAAAAGAGGACAGAGAGAUCACACAACUCUUAUGUUAAGCUAAAAGCCAAGGAAUGAAAAUGAGUUUUAAGAUGUGUUUUUAAAGUGGAAAGAGUGGGGGGAUGUUUUAAUCUCAAGUGGCAAAUCGUUCCACAAUUUGGGAGCCACAGCUGAGAAUGCUUGAUUGCCACGGGUUUUUAAAUGAGUUUUUUGGGACCACGAGUUGGAGCUCAUCAGCAAGCCUCAAGGAACAUUGGGGGGUAAAAACAUCUGAAUUCUAAAAUGAACGGGAAGCCAAAGGAGGGGCAUCAGAAUAGGAGUGAUGUGGUCCUGUUUACGUUUACUUGUUAAAAGAUGAGCAGCAGCAUUUUGGACUAACUGUAAACAUGUGAGGAAAGCCUGAUGAGCACUUUCGGCUUUAAUUGUAUUGUACUGUAUUAAUCUAUGCAAGCCAAAAGUCCCAUUCAAGGGUCAGGUAACAAUGAGAGCACCCUCUUCUGAGUCAAACGGCACCUACUUCAGACAUCCAGACGUGCUGAUGAACUGUACAUUAACUUGAAUAAACCUUCUCCUGUGAUGGAGCCUAAGAAAAUGUGGGAAACUCUGAUUUAAAUUUGUCCAAACAAAACUUCCUGGCCUAGUGUAGUACUGAGUAUUGUGCUUUAGGACUUGUGUCUACCUGCCUUUAAUGCACACAAACAGACACAUUUUUUCUGCCUUCACAUUUUGAGUCCAUGUUUUUACAUCACCAGGUAGGAUCUCCAUUUUGGUUUCUGAGAGAGUGCAGUCGCUCCUUUAGGGAUUUAUGUUUAAGUACCAUCUGAACUCAUAAAAAGCCUUUAAAGUGUGGCCGUUGAAGAGCAUGAGCCGUGCAGACAAAUGGUAGAAUGAUAUUAAUGUGGUGGCGAGGCAGCAGAAUGGACAGGGACUGGAAGGAAAACUGGCAGUGAAUCUGCAAUGACCACCAUAAAUCACCUAAUUAUGAGCACGCACGCUUUAAGUAGCAACAUCAGUCACAGCACCGCAUGCUUUUGUGUCAUCUAUCUGCCACGUUUUCAUCUCCUAUUUGUCAUCCUGCCUGCCUGCAUUUGCAGAAAUUAUUGAUGUCCCCAACUGGGACUCUCAUCCCUCUUCCAGUCCACAGUCGCUGUUUUUGUUCCCCGUGCUCUUGGAAGUUUAGCACUCCUGGCAACUUGACAAGAAAACAUACAACACAUUUCCCACUAGCCUCCAUAAAACAGUGUGAGGCUGGAGCUGCUGCUGGGUGAGAGAUAUUAUAACAGGUAUUAAUGUUAGUCAGUCCUGCAAGCAGAUCUGUUGGGAUCCAAACAUCUCUGACGAAUCUGAUCCAUAUUCAGACUGAAAUGAAGCUCAGCAAAUGACUUUGCACCUCACUAUUGUAGGGAUGUUUUUCAGAUUCUGCUCUCUGUUCUCAUAAACAUUAAAUGAUAAAUUCUCAUCUCACCAUCCCAGACUCUAACCUCUGUACUUAUUCUACUUCCUGUCUAAAUGUUAAAUCUGUACAUGGACUGUACAAGCUUUCUGGUUUCAGUUUGUUGUGCAUUUGUAGUCUGAGUUGUGUUGACCAAUUAGGUAACAGCAGGUGUUUGGUGUCUGUAUAGAAAACAGCCAGUAUGUAGAGCAAAAGCAGGCGCAACAUAACUCAUCAUUAUGACCUCAUCAGCAGUAAUAUGGUGAUGAUUUAGGGACCUGUAUAGACAUAUGAAUACUAGAAGCUAACAAACCACCAUCACUGCAGUGAGGUCUCUUUUUGACACCUGAGCCUUUGAAUGGUAGUUACUUCAUGUAGUGAUUAAUUCUUGUAUUUUGCCUUCACAUUCUGUGGAGCGAGAUUUUGGGUGAGGGGGCUUGUACACUUCAGAAACAUGUACAAAACCCAAUUCCAUUGAAGUUGGGAAAUUGUGAUAACUCUAAAUAAAACAGAAUACAAUGAUUUGCAAAUCCAUUUCAAAGACAAGAUAUUUAAUGUUCAAACUCAUAAACUUUAUUUUCUUUUGCAAAUAAUAAUUAACUUUAGAAUUUGAUGUUGGGAAAGGUGGCAAAAAAUACUGAGAAAUUUGAGGAAUGCUCAUCAAACAUCUAUUUGAAACAUCCCACAGGUGAGCAGGCUAAUUGGGAACAGGUGGGUGCCAUGAUUGGGUAUAAAAGCAGCUUCCCCAAAAAUUCUCACUCAUUCAAAAGCAAGGAUGGGGCGAGGUUCACCACUUUGUGAACAACUGCAUGAGCAAAUAGUCAAACAGUUUAAGAAAGACGUUUCUCAAAGUACAAUUGCAAGGAAUUUAGAGAUUUCAACAUCUAGGGUCCAUAAUAUCAUCAAAAGGUUCAGAGAAUCUGGAGAAAUCACUGCACGUAAGCGGCACGGCCAGAAACCAACAUUGAAUGCCCGUGACCUUCGAUUCCUCAGGCAGCACUGUAUCAAAAACCGACAUCAAUGUGUAAAUGAGAUCACCACAUGGGCCCAGGAACACUUCAGAAAACCACUGUCAGUAAAUACAGUUCGUCGCUACAUCUGUCAGUGCAAGUUAAAACUCUACUAUGCAAAGCGAAAGCCAUUUAUCAACAACAUCCAGAAACGCUGCCAGCUUCUCUGGGCCCGAGCUCAUCUGAGAUGGACUGAUGCAAAGUGGAAAAGUGUGAUAAUGAAGUAAAGCAAGAUUUUCUUGUAAACAUGUAACUUAACCAACAGCAUCUUGCAGACCAACAAACUGAUUGCUUGCUACACUUAUUAACAACAAAUGCUCUGCACAGGUUGAGAGAAUGACAUUAGAUUCCCCAAAAAUCUUCUGCUGUUUCCGCUGUCCAAACAGGGUUUAAAAAUCUCCAUCUUUGAAGGUGUUUUUGAAAAUCUGUUUAUAGUGACCUGAGACUCUUAAUGGUUGUCAGGAUCUAAGAUUUUCCCCUCAUGAUUACUGUGCCAUUUAAAACUUCCAAUAUGAAAAUCAUGAAAAACUUUUUUUUUAUUUAUCUACAUCUCUAGCUCAAUAAAAAAGAACUUAUUUUGGAAAUAUAUUGCCUCAGAAAACAGUUGUUUGAUAUUCUUCUCUGUCUUUAUGUUGCUUUAUUUCCUGCAGUAAUGCUUUUAUUUUGAAAUAUACUACUUCUGGUGGAUCCUGGAUUCCUGAGUCACAGAGCAGGAAAAAAAACAGAGAAGGGUUAGAAAGUAUAGGUGCAGCCCAGUUGAUGAGUAAACUGAAGGGGCACGUGCUCUGAAUCUGUAUUUUUGACUGUAAGUCUUUGAAUGCGUCUCUCAGAGGGAUGCUAAAGUUAGCUCGCUGGCAGCUGCUGUUUAUUCGUCCCUUUUAUGUCAUGUGGUAUCCAGCUUAUUGUUUUCUUAUCUUAAUGAAGAUAUCAGUAUUUAACUUUCUAAAGAGACAGAUUUCAUCAGAGUCAGUAUAUUGUGACAGCCCGGUUAGAAAUGGGGCUCGCUGAUGCUGAGACAGUGUAAGACCAGAAGAGGACUAACAGGCUUGAGUGAAACAGCACGGGUUGGUUGUGUUUGGAUGCUGUUGAGAGUGGCUGCCAGCUUCAUGUAUCCUCAGGAGGUAGUGCAGAGAUUUUAGCAUCCCACAAUCUGAUAUUAGAUCAGAGAGCUUUAGAUAGAGGGGGCUUUAGGCCCAAAGAUGCCAGCAUGAGUGGAUUAGUCUUACAGCUGAAGCUCACAGCUUGAACUUGCAGGCGUAGUUAUGCAGGAGCACACUCGCUUUGGCAGAGCUGGUUUUUAAAAGUGAUGAUUCAGGUCACAGAUUCAUUAUAUUACUGUAAAGAACAUAAUGAAGAUGCUCUCAGUUAGAGAGAUUUCCCUGUUUGUGUCUGUACUGCAAGGUUUUGAUUAGUUUUCUUCAGGGACAAAAGCCAAACUGCCUGUAUAUAUAUAUAUAUAUAUAUAUAUAUAUAUAUAUAUAUAUAUAUAUAUAUAUAUAUAUAUAUAUAUAUAUAUGUGUGUGUGUGUGUGUGUGUGUGUGUGUGUGUGUUUACUGUUUGCACUCCCUCUAUUUAAUCUACAACUCCAAACUUCUUCAUCUGUCUGAUAAAGCUUGUUAACAAUGUUGAAACUGCUCCAUAUCAGCAGCAGAGACGCUCCCUCACAGCAGAAUGCAUGUGGACUGUGGUCCAGGUGGAGGAGAUAGCCCCUGCAGCCCCUUUUGUGCUUCAGUCACCCCGUUCCUCCAUCUAUCAGGCUUCCCUGCGGGGACGCUCCCUGGCCACUACAGACAGAGCGGGCACGCUCAGAUUAGAACUUCCUGCGGGAAAACCUUGUCUGUUUAGUGACAGGCUCGGUCCCUACGAGAUAAGUUUUCUAAUUAACCUGCGUGGCAGCGACGCACCUGAUGGAGGGGAGAAUAAACUGGCUGUCUGCUGCUGCUUUUCACCUGCCACAUACAACAGGUUCUCCUCUCCCCACAACUCUGCUGUGAGCGAACUUUCACAGCUCUCCACUCAGAGCCAACACACACAGGUGUUCAAGAAGGUGUCACCUGAACCCUGACAGCAACGCAGACUGAGCUCAUCGUUUCACUUCUCUCUUUCUCUGUCUUGUAGUGACAUCUGAAAAUCUUACUCUGCUGCUAGAUUAAUGACACUCUCUGUUACCUAACCUUAUUACAGGUACAUAAUCUACUGAUAUUAACCUCGUCUCCAGGACAAAAAGGCGCAAAUGGUUUUGGGUUUUCAGGUUCAGGUCACUUUAUUUGAACUCUUAAGAGCAGAACAAAAAACAAUUAAAAUACACUAAAAAAAAAAAAAAAAACUGACUUUAGGAUAUAUUAAAAUCAGUUAAUGAGGAACUUAAAUUAAUAGCACUCAGAUAAAUAAAUGAAUAACCUCUGAAAUAAAAAGUGCUGAUAAGUUCUUCUGUCAUUUGUGCAAAAAGUUUUGGAUCAUCCCCAGUAGAUUAUGUUCCAUGCAGGGCAAAAUCUCUCAAUUAGAGCGCCUUGGAAAUGGAACUCAUUCACUGUCCCAUAUGUUGACUUUUUUUUCUUCCAGAGUCAAACGUGACAAAGACUCAUGUUUAAAUUAUGCACCACAGAAAACGUGUGCAUCUUUUUUUUUAUAGAAACUAAACACCCCAGCUGUUCUGAAAGCCCCAAAAGAGAGGAAGCCCAGCAAGAAGGAGGGAGGAUCCCCAGGGAAGUCAUCCAGCCUGCCAGCAAUCCUCUACAGGUAAACAGGCAGGGUCCUCGGGGACGCUGUGGAAAACAGUGGAAGGGUUAAAAAAAGAGGAGCUUAAAUAGCCGGGUAAAGAUACAGAAACAAAAGUUAAGCUGUUUUUAAAGUCAGAAAAUGCAGAGAAAGAAUCAAAGUGCCUCACUGAAUCACUUUUAAGCCAAUUUCAGGUCAAAUGUGUGCAUUUAUGUCUGAUCUAAAACCUAUUUUCAUAACUAAACAGUAAGGUGGAAUCCUCCUUAUUUUUUGGUCCUCCAAAAGUUUGACUUGAAACAGAUUUCAUCCAAACGCCAACAUCAAGCAUGCUGUGUUGUAUUUCUUUGCAGCUGUGGCAUCUGUAAGAAGAACCAGGACCAACACCUGCUGGUUCUGUGUGACACCUGCAAGCUCUACUAUCACCUGGGCUGCCUGGAGCCUCCACUGACACGCAUGCCCAAGAAGACCAAGAACAGUUACUGGUGAGGGACGGGUAGGGUUGGGAUAGGGUGGGAUUAGGGAUGGACAGUUUACAUUUUUAUUGAUAAACAUGGUGUUUAUUGAUCUCACUAUUAAUACUUUUACAUUAUUUGGUGGUAAGAUAAAUCAAGGAGAUAUUUUGAGGAGAACUGGUUUAAUUUUAAAACCUCAACUCCAAAAAGCUAGGAUGCUCGAUGGUCCUGAUCUUCAGGCAUUAAAAACUGGACUCUGGAGUGGAAAUCACUGCAUCAACUCAAAAAUCCCUUCAAAAACCAUUGUCUGAGAACACAGUUCAUCACUGCUUCCACAAAUAAGGUUAAAACUGAACCAUGCAAAGAAGAAACCAGACAGAACCAGGAUCCAGAAACACCAGAGAUGUGGAAAACUGUCCUGUGUCCUGGCGAGGCAGAAGGUGAUGUUAUUUUUGGGGUUUAUGAAUGCUCAUAACAAUCUGAGCCUGUUUGUAGUGAACAUACUCAUUUUCUCUCAGACAUGAUGCUGCUUUAUUAAGCCUGUUUUACUACUUCUGGCUGACUGAAACUUUUUGUCCCGUUAGUCAUUCACCACCCAAAUUAUGAAAAAAGGGGGCUAAAAAAAGGAUUAUUCUUUAGCUUUUCCACUGACAUGAUAUGGGGUAAAUUAAUGUCAGCUGCUGACGUGUUACAUGAACAAAAAUUGUGUUUUCGGGACUGAAACAAGCGACAGGUUCACUGUAAGCUUAAAAAACAGACUGUCAGGGAGCCAUUAGUGAAGGUUACACAGUUUAAGAUUCCUCAGAAAGAAAAGAUACUCGACUCUGCCGCCCUCCCUCUACAAAGCAUGAUUCAACAUGACAGCACCGAGAACAUGAGAGGAUGACUGUGGAUAGAGAGCAGGCGCGGUGUGCAGGAGGUUAUUUUUCCCGCUCUUUAAUAAGGUUACAGAUGCAUCAAUAACAGGACAUUUGUAGCUGCUGUGAAAACAUGACAGGUUUACCUACAACCAAGGAGACGAGCAGCUCCAGCAAUCAAAUGUUUAGGUUUCACAUGGUUAAAUAUCUCUAUUCUGACAUUUAUAGCUGAAGCUAACCUCAUAAAAUAUCUCCAUGAUUCCAGUAUGAAAACGGACUGUUUUCAGAUUCAUUUCCCUCCUGCUUGGAGUUUGUUCAGUCUUAUUGGUUUUGAUAUUUGAGACCGGUCGGCAGCAGCAGGAUUAUCAGACAACGGUGCUGAGAUGGUGGAAAUGUCACAGUCACUUAUUUUAACCAUGGCAUUCUCUUAACCAGCUGUAGAGGAGAUGAAGUUUCACAUAGGAUCAUUCUUAAUACAUUUCAUUACUGAGUGAACUUACAUUGUUUCUGAGAAGAGAAGAGAAAAAAACCUUUUGUUUCUUGGAGUAAAUUUCAGAAAUGAAGAGCAGCAGCUGCUGUUAAAGAAAACGUCAGUGUUAGUUUGUUGUGCACGCUGGAAUAAUUUAUUCAUCAUUUGUUCAAUGCAUUGAGCUCUUUAGGUUUAUUGGGUGAAAAUGUUAACCUACAAAAUGGAAGUUUUUGUUUUGUUAACAAAAAACAGAAACAGAGGGAAAAGCUGCAGAGAUGACAGACAAGUGAGACAGAAGCUGCUGCAAAAACUCAAAUCUUCACAUGUGUUUUUGUUUUAUUGGACUAUCAAGAUAUACGAUUAUUGAGGUCAUAAAAUACAGAUGAUAAUAUUGUGAUAUUUAUUGAAAACCUCAGUCAAAAACAGAGCAAAGACAGGAGUGGCACAAAACAUAACUUCACAAACUUGACUACAAUACACAGUCAACUUCAGUGCCAUCAUCUAUUUCUGAUUAUGUUUAAAUUUGUGAUUGAUCCACAUCAGCAGCUCAUUGGUCUUUGGAGAAGAGGUAGCUUUACUCCUUUAUAGUUAGACUGUACUUUUAUUUUGAAAUGUACUGUUUCUGGUAGAUCCAAAGUUACUAAGGUGACAGAAAACAGUCAAAUGAACGGUGAUGCAGUACGAAUGUUGAUCAGCAAUCUGAAAAGGCUCAAAGGUUGUUUUUGAAUUGAAAAUUAAUCUAGGAAAGUCAGUUUUUAAUUGUUUCAUUUUUUUGUGAGAGGGCUGCUACAGCUAGCUUGCAGGCAGUCCACUUCUUCUUUGUCUAUCCUCUGAUGAAAGAUGUGGCAACCAGCAUAAGAGCUAUUACUGUCAACUGAAGGUAUUACUGUAGACUAAUUUUAGCACAAGAUCAAUACGUUCCAGUUAGACAGUAAAGACCAAUGAUUCAAAGUCUGAGACAUUUAAACAGACGAGCUCUCUUUCUUCCUCAGGCAAUGCUCUGAGUGUGACCAGGCCAGCAGUGAUGAGGCUGAUAUCGCCAUGGAGACACUACCCGAUGGCACCAAGAGGUCCAGGAGGCAGAUCAAAGGACCAAUCAAAUUCAUCCCACAGGAGAUGUCACCGGAGCCCAAAAAACAUCAAGUGAGAGGCACGGUGUGUAUCAGCACACCAAAAACCGUUGUCAUCAUCAGUUCAAACACAAAAACACGGUUUAGAGCCAAAAACAAUGAGAAGAGUUUCAGCUGGACUUGUCCUCCACUCUCAUUAGAGUCUAAUUGAUGUCAGUGUCGGCUAAUUGAUUGAUCUGUAUUGAUUACAAAUAAUUAACUCCAGUCCUCAUCAGAUUGAUGCAAGCCUUAAUCUUUUGGAAAGUCACACAAGGUGACCUUUUAUUCCUCGGAGCACAAAUAUUUAAAUAUUUGUUACGACAGGGGCUUGUGUUUGACACGGGGCUGCAGCUGAACUCAUUAAUCGAAAAACAAAACAAAACAAAACAAAACUGCAGAGUAUGAGGAAGAAAAGGAAGCAGAGUAAAGAAGUUAAGCCAGUGCAGAGGAGCCUCAAAUCUGCAUUGUUUUUUUUUAUGGCCAGUACAGGGCUAGUCCAGAAGUUAGAAUAUAUAAAUCACGAGAAACAUGGACAAGUUCUCAAGUGUUUGAUUCCCUCAGUGAACACUUUCUUUAAUGAGUUUAUGGUCUUGAUUUCUAGUUUCAACUCUUCUUUAACUAAGCAUGAUGUCUAUUUUGUGGAUUACUCUCAAAGAAACUGACAACUGUGCAGACAGAAUCUAUAUAUAGCCACUCCGAGAACAGCACCCUCUGGUGACAAGCUGCAGUAUAGGUCAUAAAUCCCGCCUCCGCCAGCAAAGCUUAUAAUGCUGUGGACAAACUUUUAAAAAAUUUUUACACAGAAUAUCACCCGGGGGAUAUGCUGUUUGAGCUGAGCGUCAUCACAGCAACCCCCCCCCCCCCAAAAAGUCCACAAUGCUGAUGCACAAGUGGUGGCGUGCGUACAACGCUACUGCACAACGUUGGUUUCAGGAGAAAACACAGAAUUACUGAGAGCUUUUGGGCUUCAAAUCCGUAUACUGGCAGAAGGUGGAACCAAGUUGUCCAUUGUAUAUACAGCCUAUGCAAUGUAUCUACAGUAGUGUGUUGGUUCACUUUUCUCUGACAGACAGGGUGUCCAUGUCCAAACCUCAGAGCUGCUUUAAUAAGACAUGAAAAUGUAUCCACACAUACCUAAAUCCACAUGCUGUUCACACCGGUUCACUACCACCCCAUGUUUUGUCGGUUUUGUCUAUUUUUCCUUAAAACUUUUGUUCCCUAAGGACAACAGAAGGGUCGUAUGUGGACUGUGUCAGCCUACAGAGAAACAUUUGGUGUCAGCUGUGAGGAGGAACAGAAUCCCUCACUGGAUCCCACUUAUCUGCACCGGCCAUGCUCUGAUCCUCAGAUACAGAGCCGCCUCCCCGCUCCCUCAAGAAACACUCCAGAUUGAUAUCUGACAGCUCCGCGCUGAGGAAAGCGGGGGAGGGGCCGGGCUUGUCUUUCACUUCCCCUUUUUCUUUCUCCCACUGUCAAUAUGUGACCCGGCGUCGCUCACCUGGGACUUUGGGGAACUUUCCUCUGGUGGCUGUGGAUGCUCACAGCAGAGUCAAUUCCUCUGAAGCCACUCCUGACUGCAGCCUGUGUUACAAAUAGAGGAAUGAACAAAGAAAAGGAGGAGUGUCUCAGCCACUUCUCUCACUCUCCACACUCCAUCUGUCUUAGAGGGGAAAUAGUGGAGUGUUGGAGCACAGUGGCGGCCUGGGUUAAUGUGUUUUUCUGUUCAGGUUUGGAAACCCUGGGCCCAGACAUGUGCCGAGGACCCUGCUGGAGCUCUGGGGGAUUAAGCAGCUUUCUGAUUUUUCUCACAGCCACAGCUACUCGGGCGAGGCACUUCACUGCAGCAUUUAUCUUCAAAUGCAAGGCGUGCAAUGGCAGACGCUAAAAGGGCCCUGCUUUGCAUUUUUAAUGCUUUUACCAGGGCACCCAGGCGCUGGCACUUCUCUAAAGCCAUGUUUCAAUUUAUCAGGGCUGGCUAAUCGACCUCCUGCUGGCCUUCGAGGCUGCGCUGUGUGUGCGCUGGAGAGCUGCUGUAUGUGUGUGUGUGUGUGUGUGGGUGUGUGUGCAACAUGCACACAUUUACAUUUGGCCAAAAGGGCUGACAUGGCCCAGUGCCACCUUGAUGAAGCUGAGAGUCUUGUGGCUGUUAUUCAUAGCCUUCAGUGCCCGCCGGAGAAAAACGUUUCAAGUCAACCUGUGAGCUGAAUUUUUAUUGAGUAAGUAUGUAAUGUCAGAGCUGUAAAAUUAAUGCUCCAUGAUUUUACACCGCCCUGUUUCAGGUGUAGAACAUCUCAAACACUUAUCCAUUCAGGCUUCAUGCAAGGACACAUCAUUAACACACAUUUGUUCUUGGAUAGAGCGUGCCAAAGAAGACUAGCCACUGUUUUAUGUAACUCUGUCAUGAAGCAGUUUUAUAGUCAGCAUUUCUACCUCUGCUUACUCUGAGAACGUCGGCUGAGUAGAUGGAGCUUUAAUGGCCCUUUUAAUACAGAAAUCCAGCUACAGCACCACCAUAAUGCCUGGUUUGCAAAUUUGUCCCAUCCCAGAGACAUUUCCAUUGCUGAAGGUUAGCUGCUCACGUCUUCUCCUUUUUUCUUUCUUUAAUUAGAAACAUCCUUUAACGUCACACCCCUGUCACGGCCUUCAGGCUUCCUCAUUUACACAGGAGAAGUCAACUGAGCUCUGUCACCACCUUCCUUGCUAGCCUGAGAUUAAAGCGGUAUGACCCUCCCAGUUCAGGCUUUGAAAUUUUUACUCAGAGGAUUGAAGCAGAAGAAAAGCAGCCUAAAAGAGUGGUUAAAAGGGCCACCAAAUAUGCUGCUGAAACAAUAUGGACACGAGAGGUCUAGGGCAGAUGUGGUCUAAGCAAUCUGGAGCUGUAUUCACACAUGCAGAAAACUCCAAAAACCUCCUCACUUAAAUUUUCAUGGCUAGCUGCGUGUACAAACUGGACUCUUUCCUGGUCGCCCCUAAAAGAAUUGGCUGAAAGAGCACUGCAGGACAUAUCUGAACAAAUCUCAAGAGUUUCAUAUUCUGAAGUGUUGUUCUGAGAUUUCAGCUGCUCAACAGUUUAGGGUCUCCUUUGUCCUGUUUUUGGUGUCAUGAUGCUCUCGAUGUUUUUAACAAGUCAGGACUGCAGGCAGACCAGUUUCUCAGUAGGACUCUUCUCCUACAGAACCAUGCUGUUGUAAUCCCUGUUGUCAGAAUGUGGUUUGUCAUUGUUUUACUUAAAUAUGAAGGUCUUCCCUGAAAAAGUCUUUGUCUGGAUGUCAGAAGAUGUUGCUCAUAAACCUGUAGAUAUUGUUCAGCAUUAAUGGAGCCCUCACAGAUGUGGAAGAUACAAACAAUGGUUUUUUUGAUGUGAUUUAGAGUCCAUGCAGUGAUUUCCACUCCAGAGUCCUGUCUGUUUUUUAAAAAGCAGUGCUGCCUGAGGGCCUGAAGAUCAGGACCAUCCAGUCUUGGUUUUGGUCCUUGUCCCUUUAGUUCAGAGAUUUCUCCAGAUUUCAGAAUGAUAUGAUCUUCUGUAGAUAAUAAAAUCCACUCAUUCUUUGAUAUUUGACACUCAGAAACAUUAUUCUGAAACUGUAGAACUGCUGGCUCACGCAGUCUCUCACAGAGUGGUGAACCUCUGGCCAGCUUUCCUUCUGAGAGACUCAGCCUCUCUCAAUGUCCUUUUAAUGCCCAGUCAUGUUACUAACCAGUCAGACAUUAACCUCACCAGCUGUUUUUUAGAGUAACACAGAUGUGAUUGUUCUCACCCUGAAUGUCAAAAAAGUCUGUAAAAAUGAUAUUAAUGAAACUAUCUUUGGACGUUAAAUCCAGUAAAGGGAAGUUUUCAGGGGGACAAACGGAAUGCAGCCAUAAAAUGCUCCCCUUAAUUGGUCAUGAUUUACUGUGGCCUGCUUCAACCCCAGCACUAAUAUUUAAACUCCCAUACAGACAUAUGUCAUUAAUCAGUUGGAAAUUAUGAGAAUGAAGUGAAUAUAUAGUUAGUAGCACUUCCUAUGCUCUGUUAAUUUCUCUAAUCCUGUGUGAAAUGAUUCAUGCUUGUUAAAGAUUCACUGAUGUACUUAAUUAAAAGAUUGAUUUUGCCGGGGACUUAUAAACUGCCUGCAGUUUUAAUUUCCUCACCUGAGCAGAGCCUGAGAUUAGCUAUGCUGUGCGUCUGAGGGUUUUUUAGCUGAACCAGCGACUGAUCUGGCCCCUGCUCUGCCUGCCUUAUAGAUUACUCCCAGAGACAGAGCUUUAAUGCAGAAAUAACUAAACAGCAUCAGGCCUUUUGUUAAGAGCUGGAGGAAUAGUUAAGGUAUGUAGGAGCCAAUUGGCAGCAGUCUUGCAGUUAGCAUUCUUAAUGAUAAGUGCUCCAUCUGGCGAGUGGUGGCGAGCCAAAGGCGACAGAUGGAAUUGUUUUCACAAUCUGUUUAAAUAUGUUGUCGAUUUUUCUUCCCCUCUUUAAACCUCCCAGCAGCUCCGGCACUCAGUUGCUUGCAAGAAGGAGAAAAUGUUUGUUUUUUAUUUCCUCUCAUGCAUCUGCUGGAGAAACACAAGUUCAGACAAGUGUUUCUAGCAUCGGUCUGGUUAGUCCUUGAUAGAAAGAAUAUUAUUAGUGUCCUGGCAUGUUCAGUUCUGUGACAUGAUGGGCUGAGGUGGAGGAGAGCCAGCAGCGACGUGAGUCAGGCUGCCCUGAAAGAACAAAAGGGUUUAAUGGAUGCUUUUGAUACGAAGAAACUAGUGGAUCAUAUUAUUGUGCAUUCGAAGAGGUUUGUGUUACUGAAAUGACAAAGCAUGAGAAUGAGCACAAUACUCGUACUUUUCUAGUAACUGUUCAAUCGUUUCAUCAAAUACGCUUGAAAGUGACUCAGCUUCCUACAUUCAUCAUUAAAUCACUCAGAGGAAAAGAAAAGUGCCAGGUUUUGAUUUCACUGUUUUUGACCCUGGCUUAAAAGUGAUUUUGUUUUUGUCUUUAUUUUGUUUGCUUGUUUUGCAGAGAACCAGGGGGCAGAAGAGGAAGAGAAUCCCCAUCUGUGAAGACAGAGAAGAUAAAAUUGAGGUUUGUGUUGCACUUGUGCUCCAAAAGGUGUUUUUUUGACCAAAAGUAUCCAGACCUUUUAGUUCCAGGGACUUUUCUUAAAGGAACUAAAUGGUUUCUGUGACUCAUAGUUUGUGUUUCCAUCAGGGACCUUAACUGUUUUCAUUUACAUCCUGGUUGGAUAGCAUUAUGGCAACAUGGCAGCAGGCAUUAACCAGCACUGCAGUCCUGGCCAGAGUCAGGCCACUGCAUGUGAGCAGAAUUUGAGUCCUACAAUCAUAAAAAGAACUUAACUUGUUUAAUUAUAUAUAUAGUAUUUCCGGUGCCUGGGGUAACAACAUUCAGUCAUUCAGUUGUCUCAGUACUCACAUCCAUGUUUGCCCGUCCUCAUAUGAAUUUCCUGGAGUCUUCAUUCACUGUUGAUUUUGAUUUUUUUUUUUUUUCAGCAAUCAUGAACACAGGCUGCCACACGGCAUAAAAAGGCACUAAUGCUGUUAAAAAAACAAACACAUCUUGACUCUAGAAGUGCUGCUUCAAAGUUAGAUUAGACUGAGUCGAAGUUCACAGCAAUUUUCAUCAAACAUACCAACUAAAUAUUUCUCCCUCUGUCCUCCUGCCUCUUUGUGGUUGAAUUUUUUACUCCCCUUUACCUUUUAACCAUACAUACAGCGCUUGACUGUAACCCAUCAUGUUUCCAUAGGAACCGCUUCCACGGGAACGUAGACAACGCCAGUCUGCAAUGCAGAAAAAAACACCCAAAGCUGAUGACACAAGGACCGAGUGUACAACCUGCAAAGGACCGGGUGACAACGAAAACCUUGUGAGGUGAGGGAGUAUGUGUGUGUGUGUGUGUGGCUGCCAGAGGGAGGAGGAGGGUUAUUAGACAUGUAUGUGUGUGCGUGUGUGUGUGCAUGUGUGUGUGCGUGUGUGUGGGAGGGGGCGUCUCGUGAAGCAGCCAUAUCCUCCUGAUGAUUAAAGUUCAGUCUUCAUUAGGCGCCAGCCGCCUGGGCUCUGCAGAACGAGGGGGCUGAGGGUGUCUUCUCCAUAGGCCGCCUAUAUUGACCUGCCACAUACAUUUGCACAGUUCAUUAAGGCGUAAUGAAUAGCACAAUUUAUCUGCUCCUUUCCUAGGAUUUUAGGUGUCAGCCCUCUAAUAAGCAGGAAUCUACUUUGACACUGGAAAAUAAAAAAGGAGCUCACAGCAGGCGUCCUGUCAGCUCAGCGUCAUGUGAUCCAUCUGACGGACAAACAUGUGGCGCCAUGUUUGUAAAACUAAAAUGGCUCAUUGUAACUUAACCUAGAUGACUUUCUUAAUGACACCUCUCUCUGACUACUUUUUUAAAUCCUUCCAUCUUAAACUUGAUUUUGUGAGAAAGUGCCUGAAAGAUCCACGUUUAAUGUCUUGAAACCUGUAGUCUCUUUAAUGACCAGCAGGGGAGCAACUGCAUUAAUGGUCCGUGAGAAGAAGGUCUGACUUCUCACUUUGAUCCGUACCUUAGGAAACUUUUUUCUAAUGACUUUAAGUUCUUAACCUCUAGUUUUAAAUGUUAUCCAAUGCAGCACAAAGUUUAUGUUGUAAAGUAAGAAAUAUUUAAAUGUGCAAACAGAUAUUAUAGUAGAGGUUUGCCUCAGGGCAGGGCUACCAAUGAUUAGCAUGUUAACACGCAACAUGUCAGCCGGGUUUUUACUCUGUGGAUUGUCCAAGAAUGGUCAUUUUACACCCCCCACCACCACCACCAACUCAAGGCCCUGGAAUCAAUACAUGCAUACACAUUGUGUCAAGUUUAUCAGACUUCUCUAAGUCUUCUCACUUUCUUUGAUCGUUACUGAAGCUUUCUUUUCCAUUUCUUUGUUGACAUAAACCCCACUCCUCCAUUUUCUUCUCUCAACUUCCUUCAUCCACGUGUUUCCUCAUCAGACUUGGUUUAUAUGUUUCUUGUCAUCAGUUAUUGUAUUUCCUCAGCUGGACUUUACAGUAAAACAUAAUUUAAUUUAACUGUAUAAAGCUCUGUCACCAAUCAGGAGAUCACUGUGGGAAUCAAAGCACUACUCUGACUUAUUAUUAAUGCUUUCAUAAUUAUUAUUAUAUUAGUAAUUAUAUAUUUUUUUACUUUAUGUCUUUAAUAACAAUAAUUAAGUUUAUUUAUCAGAACUUACAAAAUCAGAGUCCCAAAGUGCUCAUAAUAAAACAGAAAACAGGGUUUGCAACAGCAGGUACCAGUAGAACCAGUAGAAUCCAAUUUAAACUCAGGCCCAUACUUACAAAAAUGAGUUUUUGAGUUUAAACAGAAAAAAAGGAACUUAGGAGUCUGACCCUCUCAGAUCGAUCAUUUUGAAGCAGUGAUUAUUUUAAACAGCAUAUCUUAAACAUGAAUUCACAAAAAAGACAAGUUACUUGUUGUAUUGUUACUUAUUGAAAAGCAGUUGCUUGCCAUUUGUAGUGCCAUCUUCUGGGUAAAAUAAUGUAAUAACAGAGGGCCCCUCACUGCAUAUUAUGCAGUGUUUUUACUGCACAGGAUGCAGCUAACAUUUAGAUGUCAACAAAAAUAUGUUUUAUACAUAUGGCAGUCAAUCAACCCACUCUGUCCUCAGGGGGGCACCAAAUUGAAAUUUCCUCCUAUGAGCUUUAGCAAUUGAAAGAUUUAUUUGUGAACAGGAAAUCCUCAGUCAGGAAUCUGUUUCACUGUUAGUCUUCAAAAACCAUCACAAACAAACACAGAAACAUGAAGUCACAGUCACACCUGGGGUUAAGAAAAGGUGCAGUUUGACUAGUUUCUCCCAAAAUGACCAAAUGAAUAUGAAAUGACUCAAAGUGAACCAAAACAAAGUGAGUCGGACACACAGAGUUUCACUGAUGCAUCAACAGAGUUAUCCACUCUGUUCAUGCUCAUUAAUUCCCAGCAGCAGUUUCUCUUAGUCUUUAACACCGUCAGCAGAUUAUAAUCUGCUAAUAAUUUUGAUAAUUAUCUUCUCUUUUUUUUUUAGCAGAAAUUAAUUUUGGUCUUACAGUCAAUGUAACAGCAAAGUAAUCAGCAGUUAAUCGGUGUUGAAUUGUUAAAUUCUUGUUUCUCUCAGUGUAACAGAGCAGCUGCUUUUAAUGACUUUAAAUCCUUUAAAACCCAAAUAAUGACAGAAAAACAGAAAAGUGGAGUUUCUUUUUUCUGUGUGUUAUUAAAGAGAGGAGCUCAGAGCGAAGGCUGUUAAAACUCUCCUAUUUCUAUGGGUCACUUCCACACCCAUCCACCUUUUUUCAUCACCCUCCAUUCGUCCCUGCAGUUUCUUUAAGGAUUGAACCGUUUUGUGCUACAGAACAGACCAACAGUCGCACACUGAAUGAUGGUCACAAAGCUGAGAGCAGUUUCACAGAGGCAGACCCAAACCUUGGCUCUUGUGUUUGUGUUUCUGGAGCUCUGUAGUUGCUGUUUCGGUUUUGAGGGUUUUCUGGUCGGGGGUGUGAGGUGUGCUGCCCUGACCCUUUCUAUCUUUGCAUUGCACAGGUUGUGAGAGCCGGGGCAGCCAUCUCACCUCCCAUAAAAACUGGGGACAGAUGACCGGUUGGCUUAGAGAGACAGAGAGAGGCAGAUUGAGGCGUUUGAAGGACAAGACCGUCACGCUGCUCCGCAACCCCCUCUGACCCAAACUGGACCAACGAAAAACUGAACUGGACUAUAAAGGUUAAACAGCCAAUAUCUUUGGAUGAACUCUGGACUCCUAGCUGCUUCAGCACAUUUGAAGGGUUUGGUUGAUUCUUUUAUGGCUCUUAAUUGUCUCCAUGCAAUCGUCUUCAUCUGCAAAGUCUGGACUCUGCUAGGGAAAAAUGUAUAUACCAGGACCAUAUCAGAAGAAACUGUAUCUUUGUAGCAAUACUCCAAACCAGAAAAGGUAGAAGAGCUUUCCAUGAAGACGACUGAUGGAGGCAACUGCAGCAAAUUGUAUUUACAAGAACCCAGGCAUGAUAACUGAAGAGGAUUUCAGAGAGUCACUAUGUUUACGUUCACAUUAGUACCUUGGUUACAAUUAGGUUUUUGAAAACCUUUAGCCCAGCUGUUCAAAAGGUUUAAGUUCAGGUUUGAAAAUCCUUUUUUUCCCCUCAGGAUCAGUAAAUUCAUCCGGUUUUUGUCCUGGUUUUCAGAGAUUAUUGAAAGGAUCAGCAUGUGCCAAAUGUAGACUUUUCAGGCAAAACAAAAUCUGGAUUACCUGAGCUCUGAAUAUAUAUAUAUAUAUAUGUAUAUGUAUGUAUGUAUGUGUAUAUAUAUAUAUAUAUAUAUAUAUAUAUAUGUAUGUGUGUAUAUAUAUGUAUGUAUAUAUAUGUAUGUGUAUAUAUAUAUAUGUAUAUAUAUGUAUGUGUAUAUGUAUAUAUAUAUAUAUAUAUGUAUGUAUAUAUAUAUAUACACACACAUACAUUUAUAUAUAUAUAUACACACAUAUAUAUAGAUAUAGAUAUAGAUAUAUACAUAAUAGAAACAUGAAAAUAUGUGUCAAAGUAUGUUCUCAGCAAUCAACAGCUUGUUUAAAUGUGAACACACCUUUUUUCCACCCUGACUUAUAGCGAAUUUUAAGGCGUUUAAGUUUAGCAGAGUUUCUCUGACUUGCUCGCCUCAACUGUGUAGUUUUUUUUUUUUUUGUCAUUACCUGAAUCAGAAACCUUCCUCCUCUUAGAUGGCACUGCUUUAAAAUUUGAUCCCUUUAAACUAUAGAUAAAUGAGUAAAGCAAUGUUUCAUUUAAAUGUUGAAUCCUGACUACGAUUGAAACCAGGGUACUAAUAAGGAUGUGACUGAAACAGAGCAGUUCCUUCUGUGGUAUAGGCUUGCAUUUAACAGACGGUACAUGUAAAUGAAGACAUAAGCUAUGGAGAAUUUCAGAAUUGUGCAAAUGACGCUGCAGAUGAUCAGAGGCCUCGCUGCUUUUAGAUUUUGUAGCUCAAAGUGUGGAAAGGAGGCAAAAAAACAAAAAGCAGAAAACUGUUGAAGUUGAUCUUUUUAAUGAUCUUGGCUUUUUCCUCUCCAUGCCUUGGGGUGCUUACACAUACCUUACCUUUACAUGAAUGAUUUUAGAUCAGCAACUUGUGUUUUGCACUUAAAAUGACCCUUAACAGAGACAUCUUAUCAGGACCGUCACUGUUAUUGAUAGAUGUCUCCCUGAUCAUUCCAGAGUUUUCUCUGCACAUGCACUUGAACUUUAUCAGACUGUGUUUUUUAAGUAAAAUGAGGGAAAGUGUUUUUUUGUGUCGGCUGUGUGUGGCGAGGCAGUAAAGAAAUGCUACCAUACAGCAUGUGUAGUAGAAACAAUCUAGUGUAGUUAGCAGUGAUUCCACGUAGAUAUUAGUCAACAUGUCUUUAGCGUAUGAACACCUUUAGAAGUCUUCCUCUAGUCGCCGUAUCUCAGAGACAGUCAAACUGACAGAAAGACUCCAAGCUUUGUCUCCUCAUCCCGCCGGGAUGGAGUUAGUUCUGUCAAAAGAGCAGCUGCCUGCUGCUCCGUCAGGACUCAUGACGAGUGUCACACUCUGCCCUCAUGUGUCAGUCCGCUACCGUCCAGGCAGAUAUGCAUGCUUCUGGGAGCAGUCAGACCCGGGCGGUUUGCUGCUGUUGGCUCCUCUGCAGAGAGUGGAGACACACAAACACUCUGGGUCUGUGUUUGCUGACCUCUGACCCCAUCACUCUCAGCCUGUCCGCUCAAAGAUAGUCCUACAAUGCAUGGCUCUAACUAUUUACUCUGUACAGUAAGUUAAACUGAAAUAAGUGGCGUGUCCUGUAGAAUCUGAAUGCCAGGUAGCUUUGUAGUGUGACCAUGUGUACAGUAUUUAUGAAGAGGCCAAACAUCCACGUGUUUCUUUUCAUGCCUACAUACUUGAUUCAGUAUCAUGAGCUUGUGUUGUGAGCAGAGUUGAACUCUGAUUGUCACUUUUUCUUUUCAUUGCCAAACGUGUUUACAGACGUGUUGUGAAGGGACUUUUUCUGAAGAACUGUGUACUGUAUUUCUGUGACUCUGUACGAAGUAAGAAUGUGAAUGUCGCUGCUGUUUGUGUACGUGAAGUGUCUCAGCCUCUGGCCUCCAGCUCCUGAAAAUUAAGCGGAGCUUUAAUAAACUCUUGACUUUUUCACCUUAUUGCUGCAGUGAUAAAUGAGUGUCAGCCAGUUAAUUAAUUGUUCUAAAGGUGCGGCAGCGGCGGUCCGUUUGUGCGUGUAAUGCCCUCUGUCAUCUGUGAUUUAUCACCUGGGAAGUGGCCUUCUCGUUGGGAGGGGGUGGCUCCACCAAGUGUUUCUUUCCAGCACACAUGGAGCUCUGUGGAGAAGGUAUCUGCCGGAUUCUCGCGCUGAAACACAGCCUGCAUACAAAUGAUGGUAAGAGCUCACCUUUGGAAAAGACCUUAGAUGUCUAAACUGUUCACAAAUAGGCUGACAGCUCCUAUCAGCUGUAAAUUAUGACUUUAAUCAAGUUACCAGUCAGUCCAAAUUAAGCUCAUGUUUGGAGUUUAAAAGAAGAACAACCAUACUUAAAAUCCGAACCAGUUUUUUUCCAUAUUCUUGAGUCUAAAUGACUGUCGAGGGUUUGCUAAUCUUGAGAGCCUGAAUUUGAACAUAGCAUGAUGAAGACCUCAAAGUUGAGACGGAAAAACAAUGUUUUUCAUGAACAAAAAAAACAUACUCCUUUUAUAUUACAUGCUUUGGAGAAGGUUGGCUCGGACAAUAAAACAGUGAAAAAGUGAUAAAAACACCUGACAAAGAUCUCUGUGAACUUACUUUGUCACUGCAUUCCUUAAUGGGGUUUACAUCUGAACAAUUCAAAGAGGAAACUGUAGAAAUAAUGUCCAGAAAUGCAACACGUUGAAGAUAGACUAAAUAAUAUUUGACAUUUCUUUUUGGAAAUUAUGGCCCUUUUCAUGCAAUAACUCAAAGAUUAAGAGCAGAUAAAUAUGACCCAGAAACACCAGAAACUUCCGUGGACCCAAGGGGGGAACUGUCCUGUUUUUAAACAUCUUCAAAAUUGGACAUUCUGUUUGGAAAUCUUGGAUUUAUUCACACACGCUGUUUGGACCAAGAAUAAUAGAACCAAUUUUUUUUUCUUCAACUUCUUUGUCCUGUGAAGAAAUUAUUCAAAGAUUUUCUGAAUAUCAAAGAGUGUGUCGGUUACAGCUCGCUGAACUUUGAUGUCUCACCAUUAAACAGGAAGUUACUGUAACUCCUUCAUACGACGUUCAAUCUGUUUGAUAUUUCAUUUAUGUGAUCAAGAUUAAGCCUUGAACACAUAAAUAUACUUAUUUUGCCAAUAUCAUUAUGUAUUCAUAGCGCCCCCUGUGAAAAAUCAUGGUAAUUACUUAUCAAUACCAUGCCUGAUCUGUAUUGUAUUAACAUCUACAUAUUCGUCAUAAUAUACAGCACCACCAACAGAAAAAAAAAAAUUAUCUUUAACUCCUGUGUACUUCUGAAUUAUUAUACUGCCGUAGAUAAGAUAACUUUGUCAAGUUCAUAACCCCACCUGCUGGUAAACACUUGUCUGCAGGUUCCACGCAGGUUCUGGAGGUUCUGUUCAUCUCCACUUGCAGCCUUAAAUCAUGUUGUACCCUAAAAAGCUAAAAAAAAAGAAUCUCCAACCACAGCCAUCUUUGGUGUGUGCAGGUGUUUGAGCAGAGUCUCUUUAAUUUAAACACCAGUGUAAGAAGCAGACAGAGACAUUUUUGGUAUGAACGUCUCUGCGAAAUGGAACCAACUUACCGUGGAGAACUGUAGCCGCCCCAAUCCCUCAUCCUCGACCCCCGGUGUCCUCGGGGACCAAACAGCAGCCUGCAAACCAGAGAUGAGCUCUGCUGCAGCUGGUUUCUGGUCUGGUUUGAGGAAGAGACUGGGGGGUGAAGGAGGUGGGGGGGCAUGCAGGAAGAACGGAGGGAGGGAGGGUACGAGGGAUAAAGAGAGAGAAAAGCUAGCAGGGGAGGUUCUGGAAGGCAGUAACCUUUCCGAUGAUGAGUGCGUUUCCCAUUACUGCUCUGACACCAGAUCCGGGGAGAUGAUUUAAUGGCGGCAUUUUGUUUUUGCUGACUUCACCCUUUUUUUUCAUCCUAUUAAAACAGAAAACACCCGAGCUGGGACCACGGCUGUGUGGGAAGUGUGGCCAAGCAGCUAAAAUCUAUUACCCCUCAACUUCUGUCCUCGUCUCUUUAUCCUGGCCAUCCGGCCCACUGUGGGUUCUCUCCAAUUCCUCUCUUCCUCCCCCGCUGGUUUUUGUCUCAUCAUCCUUUCACUGCACCGUGAUUCCUCUUUACCCAAUAAUUUAGUCAUAAAACAUUGAAAAUGAACGCAGAGCUCUCUAUCUUCAUCGAUGUACUAAUUAUUGACUUGUUUCAACCCUCAAACAGCUGGAUCCAUAAAAAAGGCAGGACAUGACAUGUAAUAUAUUCAUAUUAUUUUCCAGGAUUAUUUAGACCUCAAACAAAAGAGACUGCAUUGCUCUCUGGAAGAGAAACAAACAUCAGAACGGGUUAGUCAGGGUCAUAUAUGUAUAAUUGUGUUUGAAUGAAUUUAAUACAUUUAGAGUCUGUCAGAUUCAGCGUCCUCGUAUUAUAGGAGGGCAUGGGGUUGCAUUGGUUAUAAAGUGGACUGAGUUACUGGCCCGGUCAGUCUCUGCAGGACUCCACUUUGUCCUGCAGAAGGUGAGGGCGCAGACCUGCAGCUGAAAUACACACCUCUCCGUGUGAUUCACUGGGGCCCCCUGCUGGAAAACACCAGAAACUUCAGAGCUUUUUUUGAGUCAGAGCCGCAAAGAUCUGUCCCCCUCUCUCAGCUUAGACGUCCGGACGAGCUAAUAAAGGCAGGUGUGACUUCAGCUCUCCAUUCAUUACUUCCUCCUCUCUUGUAAAACAAUGGCUCCUUUAUAAUGUUGCACUGACCCACCAGUAAAUCAAAAAAAGUAGGAGCCUCCAGAAGUCCAAUAAUCCACUCCUUUCUAUGGAGGGACAGCAGCACACUCUGUCAUGGAGAAGACUCAAUGGCUGAGUGCUUUGUGUCAUAUUGAUUUCCGUCACGUGGCCUCUUCCGAGAUAAUUGCAUUGCCCACUUGUGAUAAAUUCACUGCCUUGUUUCAGUCACUUGGGCUGCAGGAGAGAAAAGAAGUUUUUGAGGCUCCAAACCCACCGUCGAUACCUGGAGCUACAAGCCAGGGCGGAGAGCAGUAACAAGCAUCAAUAACCCGACAUGUUUGCUGCCUCAUUGUUAAUGUGUGUUUGAUAUUUGUCUUUGUUAAAUUCUCACCUCUCGAGGGGUUAGGCCACGUAGAUGCUCAUCUAAACAGGCUUAAUGUUUACCAUCCUUAGCGUUCUCUCACAACUUACAACCAGAUUUACAUACUUUUCUAUCAGUCUUGUGUCCAAGAGGAUUGAGUGUACAACAAAUAGAAAACCUAGAUUCAACCUCUGUUUACAAUGCUUAACAUGUUUGUAGGAAUUGUCUCUUUAAAGGGAUAGUUAAAGGAUUAUGCACUCGGUGAUCGACUCAUCAGGGCUCCCCCACAAACAAGCUGCUGCUGGAGGAGAGGGGGUGAGUUGUGUUCGGUUCAUGCUAAAGAAAUUAGGCAAAGUUAAAAAGAUGUUUGGUGGCUAGUGCUGUGGCUGGGACCCUAUAUGUACUGUUGAUGAAGUUAGGUGCUGUUCUGAGCAUUAUAUGUGGCUAUAGAGUGGCUUUUUAGUCGAGGUUUGCAUGUGGAUCCAUAGACCGCUGUGUAUUGCUAUCCUGUGGUCAUUACUAAAGUUGGUAUUACUGGAGAAGCAAGCGGUCAGCAAUAUUCAUCUCUCGAGGGGAUGUCUAACUUGACAUUUUGUUUGACCCUGUCUUAAUUUUAUGCCAGAAUAUCCCUUUAAGGCCCCCCAGUAUUUGGUAACCCAGCACUCUAGAGUUCCUCUCCUCUGUUGCCAUGCUAUAAAGUUGUGGUUUCUCUAUUGAAGAUAUUACAUUAUGAAUGUAAGCAGGACAUUCUGUUUCGUAAGUGUACAUACAUUUUGCUCCUUUUUCGAGAUUUAUCAAUCUGUGCUGUCACAAGUCAAGGAAAUCUUGCUCAAUUCUUGUGUACAGCCUGCACGCUAAUCCAGGUUUAAAGUGAUUUACACUUACCCUCACAAUUUUGAAUGUCCACAUCUAAUAUUGAUAUCUAACAUUUUAACUCAAUAAUUGUUUAUAUGACAUGAGAAAGCAUAAUAACCCCCCCCCCCCAACACACACACACACACCUCGGAAAAAAUAUAUAUUUUUGUUUUCCAGCUAUGAAGUCUGUUGUGUUUUUUUAAGACAAAAAAUGUUGAAUUUCUUGCAGUUUUUGGUUGCCAGAGUAUCACCUCAGAAAGUUCUGUCUCUGUACGGAUCCUCUCUCUCUGAAUUGUAACUGAUAUAUUUUUCAAGUCCGAGUCUUUAGCACGGUUAUUCAGUGUAGUUACGUUUACAUUUCAGUGAAUUUCUUUUCUGGUUUUGUUCAAAGAUGAAGACCCCUUGUCAUCUGUUGUGCUGGCAUUACCUCCUUUUGACGCUCAUUCUGGACUCGGGUGUCACAGUGAUGUUUAGGAGGAUGAGAUGAAACAGAUUACCAGCUCACAAUUGUUGACCAUCGACAUUGAAUGGCGAGGACAGGGUCUCAGGGUGAUGCCAGUGGGUUGGGGGGGAUCUGAAACUUCACACACAGAGAUUAAACAGCAGAUGAAAGUGGACAGGAAUCACCAACCAGGUGCAACAUGUGUAGCAGACAAAAGCGAUCAAUCAUGUCCCCUCCAACGCCUCACCUCCAAUAAGAUUACAUCAAUCAAUACUCACUCUUAUGAGUGAUUGGAUUUUGUCUGCUUCCAAAGUACAAGGGAGGGGGGGUGAGGGGGAGGGGGCUGCUCAAUUUUCCCAAUGAUUAAAGCAGGGCCAAAUUGGUUUGAUAACAUCAAGGACCUUGUCUGUGGCUGGUGUGUAAGGGCAGCACAGGGAGCAUAGAGGCUUACACACUGAACACCCUGAGGGCAGACUCUGACUACGUUAAGAUGAUCGGUGUCUGAAUUCAGAAUCCUCCAAGAGCGCUAAAAUGUAGUUUCAGUGGAUCAAAAUGGAAACUAAGAGCAUCUGUUUCCUCAUGACAAAGAAGUUCACCAGUUUGAUCAUGGAGGAAACCCAUGGCUGUGUUCCAGGAGUCGUUUUAAAUUGUGAGGUGGGGCACUGACACAUUCUGAUGACUUAAAUCUUAGGGGUUGACCAAUAUUAGUUUUUAGGGCGAUAUUGAUAUGAGUAUUUCAUGAGCCCAACAUCCGAUAUCCAGAACCUAUAUGAGUUGACAAUAAAAACGAAAAUCAAGAAUGUAAAUAUCACAAACUUUGCAGAUAGUUAACGUUGGAUCAAAACACAGAUGGAUCAGUUGUGGGUGAGAUGUUAGAUAAGAUGCUCCUGCAGUGGAGCCAAAGAAGUGCUCUUCUUUUGGUUGUUUUAGUUAUUUGGCCAUCUUUAAAAACAAAGGAUGAUACAGAUAAUCAUCCAAAUGCCAAUAAGGGCUGAUGGUAGGUUUAACCUAUAAAAAAAAUUCCUAAAAUGUUCAUUAUUUGAACAUCAUGAUCAAUUUUUGAAGUGUGAACAAAUUCAAAGCUGAGGUGUAUUCCCCUCUCCAGAGCAGAAGACACAGUGUCUCAGAUUUCCAGAAAGAAUGUCAAAUAUAAUUUUCUAUCCAUCAUUCGUACUAAGUUUGAUGCUUAAGUAACAUGCUGUAUCUGUACAUUAAAACCUUCCUUUGAUCACAUUUGAAAAGUGAUCAGUUGACAGACUGUCAUGAAUCCUUGCCACGUGAAAUAUGAGGGUGUGUGAGCUUCCAGAUUUAGAGUCAGGUGGAGAGAGUUUUGCUCUCCUUGCACGGUUAAAUGAAGAUUAAAGACCACAUUAUUACACUCACACUCUCUGAGAAAACUGUGUACCUGCACCAGCGAGCACUGCUUUAAUUCACAGACACACAGCUAACCUUACAGAGGAUUCAUUAAGGUGGAGUAAUUAGUUAACGUGCGUGGAGUCGUCACAGUGUUGCCGAAUAAAACGAGCCCUCCUGUGAGUCUGGAUCCUCUUCAAGAGUCUCCAGCAGAGAAACUGAAGCGUUUGCUCCUUCCUCUUGGCCUUGGCCACAGACUCAUGUGAAAUCAAUUGAGCGGUAUGUGUGCAACAAAAGGAGCGUGCUCAUUAGCAGCACACAAACACUUUGGUCAUUUGUCUUCUAUUCACUGGGUGGCCGGAGGGCGCUUUAAAUUCCCAUCGUUACCCGGACAGAUAUGCGCGUGUAUGCGUACAUGUGUGCGUGCGUGCAUGUGUGUAUGUGUUGGGGGGGAUCCACCUGCCUCUGCAUAUCUCUGCUAAUGUGCAGCAGCUGUUAACUUAUGCUUCUACAACUCAUAAGAUGCCAAUUAUCUGUGCCAAUUAAAUUUCUGCUCUGAUUUGGAGUAAAUCUCACCAACUUAAUGUGUAAACACUAUAAGCUUUAUUAUCAGAAUGAUUUCACAGCUUCCCUCAGACUCGUGCCAGAGAGCCGCAGCCAUAACUUGAUGCUUAUUAGAGUUUGGCUCUUCAAGGUCUCUGAGGAGUCUCUACUGUUUUUUGAUGGUUAAUUACAGGAUAAUAUUUUUUUAUUGCAGAUUUAAACUUGCUUUAAUUCUUAUUUUUAGCUGCCAUUUUAAGGUUGAUUAAAUCACUUAAGAUUCAGGCCAUUUUUUAUGCAGCUACAGUUAUUAUUUUAUACAUUUCUAAAAUGUAAAAAUAUAAACAGAUAAAGAUUGUUUCAGCUGUCGGCAGUUAAACAGGCUGUAAUGGUUGUAAAAUAUCAGAUUUUUGGAGGGGACUCAGCGGGAAUUUUAUGUAAAUACAGCAGCUAAUUAUUGACAGGUCAGCUGACCACAAAUACAGCCUCAGAUUGGUCAACAGCCAGGAAUAAAGAUAGCAGCCUUAAUUUAGAAUAGACCCCAACAAGAAAAAUGACAUUAUUUUACUAAAAUCGACGUAAUAAAUGUUCCUGGUUUUUGCAAAAACACAUAGACUUCAUCCUCUGAAAGCUGCUGGUCUCAUAUAGUGAGUGGAUUUUACUGUUGCAAGGAUCUACCGUAUAUAUUUCAGAAACCAAAAUCAGUCCCUCUAAAGCCACUUUUUUGUAUGGCAAUUUUUUUUUCUUAUGAUUUGCUUUUUUUAAAUACAAAGGAAUAAAUCUAAAGCUCCCAUUUUGAAGAACUUAAAAUUCCCUCUUCAUUCACUUCUGUAGUUAGCUGAGGUCUCUAUAUUGUCUCUCUGAAAAAUGAUCCUACAAUAUCUACAACUUCACAUUAAACUUUUUCAAAGUUUAGUGUCAGAUGCUCAGUAACUUAUUCAGUCUGAAAACCAGACAGACUUUGUAAACCUGCAGAGGGUCAGCCUCUCUAUGUCAUAGCUCGAGGCGCAGACACAGUCCAUCAUAUCAUGUCUGUCUGUAUAAUCAUCAGAUCUGAAACCAACAAACUGCCUAAUUUCUUUCAGUAAAAUCAUCCAACACAGAGCUGGCUUCACGUCAAAGACGAUGAAUUGAUAUCCAAACACACAAAUCAUGCGCAGACAGCUUCUUGGACUGAGUGUUUGACAUGAUUUCACAGUGUUUGUCCUGAAAGUAAAGCAGGAAAACUAGAGAUAUCUCUGUACAGUGAGUCAGUGUGAAGGAGCAGUGCUGAUUAAUUCACGGUACAGUCCUCUGGUAAGUUUAAUGAAGGAGAGCAGAUCAGUAGGUUCACACAGGUGUGUCUGACAGAAGAAAAAUAACAAACUACUUUCUGGUCCUUUAAACACCUGGACAACCUGGGUUUGGACCCCUUUUUCCUGUUUAUGGAGUCAUGAUGCUCCAAUUGUUUUAAUGGGUGACAAGUCAAGACAAAAAUGGCAUUAUUUACUUAGGAGAAGUUGAUGACAGUGAUUCAAAAUGGUCAGAUAAUUUUCUAAAAACAGUCAAAUUCUCACUUUUAACACUAAAUAUAUUGUUACACUGAUACCAGUGUAGGUACCAGAUAUGUUGAAGACGUCACACUAUUGCAAGUCCACUCAAACUACAUUGCACUCCAUUUAAUAAGUCAGAUGUGCUCAGUUAAAAGCCCCUCGCAGUUUUCUUUAUUUCUGUUUGUUUAAUUCAAUUGACCUCGAAAUUUUCUCGCCAUAUAAUACAGAGAAUUACAACUGACUGUACUUUGGUUUUAACUGUAGAUGUUAACUUUUCUAAAGGAAAAAGAAAAAAAAAUGUAGGCGGGAUCUCUGUUUAUCAAGAGAUACUUUUGCUUUUCCCCACAUUUCCUUUGUCAACCUCAAAGAGGCGGUAGUCCUGCUAUCUUAAGUCACCUUGGAUAAGUAGUAGUAGUAGAUUACAUCAUAAAAUUUGUCCAUGUUUUCUCUGAAGAACUAUAAUCCCAUGAAACCUAAUCUGGCAAAAACCGCUUCUGUAAUGUCCGGACCAACCACAAUCUUCUACCGCAUCCAAACCAACUUCCCAACAAUCAUAUAGCAUGAAGUCAUCAAUAGGCACCAGGCCCCGAGCCGAUCUAGCAGCCCAAACACAUCUGUUACCUACACCAGCAAUAGGGAUAAGACUGUACUUUUCACAAUAAACUAUCUGCUCCAUUCUUUCUGUUAAUUCUACUUUGUUCUGUUCUAUUCGACUCUGCUCUGUCCUACUUUGUUUGAUUCUAUUCUAUUCAGGCUUAACUUUGUUGGGAUAGUCAACGGUUGGAUAGGACAUAAACCUAGCAGGAGUUUAUGAUGAAUGAUCAUCAGAAUAGGCGCUUUACCUUUAAUCUUCUUAUUUUGAAUUUGCUCAGCUUCAGUACAUCUCCAGUUAGCAGAAGCAGCAGAGGAAGUCAAUUGACACACAGUCAGAUACAUUAAAGGGAGUGUGAAUCAGAGCCAGGAGAGGUGGACCUGUGACUGCAGCACAAAGAGAGGAGACUUUUCCUUUAAUCAUUUAUGAGCCUGACUGCCCUUCAAAGAGCUCCCCCUGCCUCCUGGUAAACACACACACACACACACUCCACAAUUAGAGCCAAUUAUGUCCUAAUCAAUGGAGGAGAUUCACAGUCUCCAAUGAAAAUCUGAUAACCGCUUUAACAGCCGGGGAGGUCAACCUGAACCGUCUCUAUUCGUCUCCAUUACUGCGGGGAAAAAGGACGAGGUAAGGUGUUUGAAGAAAUAGACAUAAACAUAACAAGACAACAGCAGCAAAACAUGUAUCUGAGGGUUCAAACACACGUAAUAACAGCUUUGUAGAUCAAUAUUUAAUGCAUGAAUCAGUGUACACCAGUCGCCUCCUGCAGGAAGGUUUCCUGUCAGUGUUUCUAUGGGAGUCCUGAGUGUGUUUGGCUCACCUGAGGACACAGACAUCCAUCUGACGCUAACAGGACCUGUAUUCACCCUGCUGCAGACGUGAACUAUAGUCCAGCCAGCAGCUGUGUGAGGUCAAGGCGGUGCGGUGAUCAGAGGGACUUUAAAAUGCAUUAACAAAGUCUCAUGACUGGCAACGAGCUGCUCUGUCAGCAUCCAUCACAGCUCCUCUCACUGCGGAGGACUGAGGUUUAUUAAUGUCAGGAGUAACACCCAUCCUCCCCCUCCUCUCCCUUCAGGUGUGACGAGUGCCGGCUAUGCUAUCACUUUGGGUGUCUGGACCCCCCGCUGAAGAAAUCCCCCAAACAGACGGGAUACGGCUGGAUCUGCCAGGAGUGUGACACCUCCUCCUCUAAGGUGAGUCUGGACUCUGUUUAGGGUCGAGAGGGCAGGAUUUGGUGUCUUUAUCAUGAAAGUAAACGCAAGGAAAUCUGUCAACAUUUGCAGUUUAUGGUGGUUUUUAAACGUGGAUGUAAACCCUUGAAACUUUCAGGCUUUCAUAGCGCCCCCUGCCUGUUACUGACUGUUCAUUAUCCCUGUGUACUUUGGUAUUUUAGCAUGCACAAUUAAUUCUUUCUCCCAUCUGUUUUUGUCUGUUGUUUGAUUGUUUAAAUUGCACCAUAAACAGCCUCUGACCCGACAGAUGUGUCUCUGUUAUAAUGCCUCGAAAAUGGCAGUCCUCCGUCCUGCUGGGCUCUGAGUACAUGGAAAAUGGAGGCUGAUUGAUGCUCCUGCAGAGGGAAAUAAAGAGGAUAAUAAAAGCUUGAUAGUGAAAACGUUGAAUCAGAGGAACAAACUGUUCAGCUAUAAAGAGAGCCAAAGGUCAGAGCUUUGCUUAAUGUUAAGUGGUCACCAGAUUAAAUCACUGCCUUUUCAAAUGUACCAUUUGUUUGGUUUUAUAGCCAGUGGUGAAUGUACACACAGUUUAUAUUUACGCACAAGUGUUUACUUUUUCAAACAAAGGACCAGCAGAAAGUUUGACCAAUUACAACCUUAAGUUCUGCAGAUGGAUGAUGAUGCAUUAGUGGAUCCAUUCUUCACUUUAAGAGCUUUGGCCUCAUUUUAACCAGAAUACUUCUCCUUCCUACUCCUGCUCCUCUCCCUGCUCUCCUCCUUCUUCUCACUUCUUUCCUCUUUCUCCUCUCUCCACUUGCCCCCUCAUUAAGUCUUGAAUAUUAUAUUUUUACGAUCCUGUAGAGUCAAUACUGCUUCUUUUUUGAGGAGAAAUAACACACACAAAAAAAAACAGCAGUGUCAGAGGGAUACAUGUCUUUUGUUGUGGUAUUACAAUGUUUGUAACUUCAUUCCGUGGGAGAGCCUUCACUACACCAUUUAGUUGUGAUUGCCUUCUUGGUGGCAGCCAGAAGUAUUUUGACCAGAUAAUUGUCCUCACACUUUUCCCUGUCAGGUUACACAGAUAUAACACCUCAAAUGACAUUGGUAGUUUGUAUCCCGGUAUUUUCCCCAAGUCAACCCAUACAUCAUUCCAGUAUUUUUUUUACCUUAGUACAUUACCAAAAAAUAUGAGUAUGACCUGAACUCUUUCCACAUCCUGGAGCUUGCAGUGGUUCUUUGUUUAUCACAUCUGUUACACCAGUCAUCUUCUAUUAGCGGUGUCCUACUCUCUUUUACCCAUCUGUCUCGAAUGAACAAUGUGGAGGUUCCUCUGUUCUUUACCAGACCUUGAUAUAAAAAUGAAAUCACUGUCUCAGUAUUAUUUUUGUACGCCUCACAUGAUGUCGCAGUUAAUUUAUUUAGUUCUUGGGGAAAUUCUGGUUUGAUUUCUUUUUCAAAGAAGUCUUUAACAAAACUGUGUUUCAAAUUGAACUUUGAUCAAUCAUCUAAUUUCAGAUUGAGACUCUCAGGGUAAAUUGGCUCUGUCUUUGGGAACCUCGUGGUCUGAUCUGUACUCUUUGACUAAACUGACUCUAAAUUUUUAUACCCAUGAAUAACAUUUGAUGAAAAACUGUUAGGCAAACAUUCAAAUCUGGACUUUUUUUAAAUGUCAGCAGAACAUUUCAGGAAAUCUAAGUUAUGAUGGACAUCAGAGCCCUGAGAGAAUGUGGUGUUUGGCUGCUCUCAUCCAUAGUGAAUGCAUGUUUCACAACUGCAGGAUGAAUCCUUAUACUGGAGCCAGUCCAAACGUUUGACAUUACACCAAAACAUCUGUCAAAAAAGAGAUGAGGAUGGUAGAAAGUCCUAGAAUUUCCCUUUCAGUUCCUGGUGUUUUAUUGCACCGUAAGAGUGGUUAUACUGAGAGGAGGUUACUGGUUUUAUCAGGAGGAAUCAGAUCCUCUUUUUCAUUUACAGUUUUAUUCUGACAAUCUUUAAAAACAAACAGUUAGCAGUUAAUGAACCAGUCCCUGUAGUUUCCACUCCCUCAGCCCUCCUUGUUCUGCCUUGUCUUCAACUAUCCUAUCUCCUUUCCUCCGGAGACCCAUGUCCUCAUGAAGUUCCCCCUUCCUCCUCCUCUUCUUCUUCUUCUUUCCUCCCACUUGUUGACAUCAAACGCUCAAACCUCCAGCCUUCAGCUCUCUCUGCCCCGGAGCUCGGCGACAUUUCUCUGCUGACAGAAGGAUAACAUUUUCGUCAUUGACGUGACAAAUAAGUGUGAACGUCUGGUUUCUCUCUGUCCCUUUACUGAGCAGAGAUGACUUGUUUUGAAGGACUGUAGGAAGUUCAAAGUGUUACUUUAAUCUGUUUAUGUUUCACAGAGACGCUUGUAUGGGAGGAAAGCCUUGUUAGAAGCAUUUCUACUCUUCAGUUUGAGCUGAAGAUGUGUGUUUGAGCAACAAAUGGAUGAAAGGAGCCCACACGUGUACAGCGUUUUCUUAAUGUUACAGGGUCUACAUUUGGAGAGGCAUUUAAGAGUGUGACAUUUUUGAAAAAGCAUGGUGUACAGACCUUUUAAGGCGCGAGGUGCUCCGAGUGUCUCAGUAAUAGCAAGUGUGGGGAGAUAAUUGACUCCACUAAGGGCAUCUAAAAAGCACUCGGAGAUGAGAGCUGUAUUUAAGGAAAGUUUUAUUAUCUGCUUUUAAAUGCCAAGCCGUGCUCCAUUUUUGCCUGUGGGGGGAGGAUGUUUCUUAAAUGCCAGCAUUAAGUGCAGAAUAUUACCUGAUCGCAGCGGCUGAGAUUCAGCUGCCAGCAGAGAUAGCUGGCGGUCAACUCCUCUGCAUGACAGUCUGCUAUAAAGAAGAGUGCAGGCAGUGGUUUGUCAAAGCUCCCUGCAGCCACAGCUCUUAUCUUAGAGGAAGAUGUAUGACAUCUGAGGGGAGGGGUUCGCAGGAAGCAGCACAGAGGAUCCUACAGCGUUUGAUGCUGACCACCAUUUGGGUUCAAUGUCUUUGAGAGGAAGCAGGUUUGUAGUUUUCAAAAGAAUCAGGUUUGCUUGAUGUGGGAACUUUUCUUUGGUUCUUUGGUACGGUUCAGAAACAUUUGGGUCAUAGUUAUAUGAAGGCUGCCUGUCCACACUCAAAGAAGGAAGUAUUGUGGUGGUUCAAGGUUUUUCAAAACUUUAUCUCGUGUAUUUUGGGCAACAGAAACAGGACUGCUUCAUUAAGCAGUGAUAGAACAAGCCAUAAUGGUGGCAGCAUAUGGGCCCAUCUGUACUGACAGCUUUUUGUGGAGACAGUCCCUAUUUUCAGUCUGCAGUUUGGUGUUUUUGUUUUGUCUCCUUGCUCUCAGCUGAAAAAAUUGAACUUUGCAUACUCAACCAGUCUCGUCAGUGUCGCCACUCCUUCACUGGCCAAUAGAAAUCAAGGAGAGGCGGGACCUCUGAUGUUAACGUUGUACUAUAGUUUCCCAAUCUGAAAGAAAUCAUGGCUCAAUUGUGCAAAUAUGAAAGAGACAGGGAUGCAACCAGACAAGACGUAAAUUAAACCCAAAAGCUUUAUCUAUUGUGAGGAGAUUAGAAUAACAAAAUUGGUUCAAAAUGAGAUGAAUGAGUACAACACACAGCAGAAGCCUUUAGAGUCUUAAAGUCCAAACUCAAGUCUGAAGAUAAGCAUUUCAAAAACAGUUGCAGACAGAUGAGAAAGCCUGAUUUUACCUCAAAUGUAGACCUCAGUUAAAUAAAAGUUAAAUCUAGGGCUGUACAACAUUGAACAAAACUGACCCUUAAGAGCUACAAACAACUUAAUCUUUCAGGAGCACAGUUAUAAUAUCCAUGAUCUGGAUGUUUUAGUCUUUUAUUGCCUUCAAAUAAAGUUCUUCUUCUUCUUCAAAUCUAAUACCCCUAAAUUGAUUUCACUGUCAGGCCUUCUGACUGUGAUUAAACACGCGGCUUAUUUACUAAUCUGUAAUCAGUCAUUUCUACUGAUGAUAGACAUUUUGUUUAAUCCAUAUCACAAGCCCGUUUAUGAUGGUAACUUAAACAACUCAUCCGUUGACUCUGAUCAGACCAGGAAUAUUUGACAGUUUCUUUAAACCCACCUGAAUAAACAGAAAUGAUCUUAACCAGAACUUUGCUGUAUUGUGGUCUGAUCACAGCCGCUCACUCAGAUGCUCAUGGUUCUUUGUUUGCCCUGGUGUCCUGAUGUCUGUUAUUGACGCCUUGAUUAACACUGCUUGUCCCUGCAGUGUUGUUGUUGUGUUGAGAUGUUUGUACAGUUAUAACACAGGAGCCGCUGGGUUACGGGAACACGCAGGAGCUGAUGGUUGGUGUCAUUGCAGGCGUGUUCCUGUUGUGCAGAGGGCCAAUAAAAGGCUUUAUUAGUCAGGCUGGAGUUCAUUACAGACGUUGUGUUUCUCCCAGCCUGCUUGGCUUCGAUAAACCUCUCUCUGACCAAGGCCACAUCCCUCCUGCUGUCCUCCCGGGCCUUCGCUGAAUUGAUUUCAGUAAUAAAGUGGUAGUCUUUCUAUAAUAUACGGACAGCCUUUAAUUCCAGCCUGUUAGCGUGCCAGGAGCCGCUUGUUUAAAGCUUUAUUUACACCCUUGCAGCGGCGCCCGGCCUGCCGAGCUGCACGGUGAAUCAGAAACUGGAAGAUUUGGAUAAAAGGUUUGAAAUGCCAAAAGCUCUUAAAGCUGCUCUAACAGUGUUUAAAGUACUCAGGCGUGAACCUGUGUGGGAUGCACCACUUUAGCCGCUCUCAGACUGGUCGUCGUCAAAAGGACUGCAACUGUAGAAAUUAUAGUGCGUAAAAGUUUCAUUUUCUCCUCUUCCUCCACAGCCACAGGCCCACUCCCACUCAGAAAACAGUGUGUAUUUGAAGUUCUCCAUGUUUUCCACGCAGAGCUUUCAUAUCUGUCUGUGUGCAUAUGCUCGCCUGUUUCCUCUGCAGGCUGUUUAUGAAGCUGAAGUGUUUGUAAUUAUUGAUGUUUGUAGCUGCUAAUGUUCAUUCUGAUGUUCAGAGGAAGAUUACCUUUACAAGCGGCGCCAUCAAUCAGAGGCUUCAUCACUUGACCUGUGAAAGACUGUAAUUAAGUUAGUCUAAUUAGCUUAAUGAAGUGUCACACUCGGCUGGCUUUACUAUAUUGAGGAAAUUGAAAGAAAAAUAGGCGUCAUUACUCAUCAGAUGCUCUGAGCGAGGCAGAGGGAAUGUAUUUUUACCAAGUAUCAGGGUGAAACAAUCUCACCUUUGGCCUCCUUUGAUUCUCUCAAUGAGGCGUAUUUCAUUAGCAUUGUGAUUGGUUUAAUCAGUUUCAUCGGAGCGUUUAUGGAAUGGAGAGAAAUCCCUGAGUGUGAUUUAAAUUUCUGCCUCUCCACUUUCUCUGAUCUGUAUUCAAGUUUAAUCUUUAAGGACUGCGAUCGAUAAGUCAGGGCUUUUACUCGAGUGUAUGAGGUGCUUAGAGCAUGAUAACCUCAUCAAUGAGGGCUGUCUGCUAGACGUGGCCAAAGUUUAAACACAGUUUAAUGUGAUUUACAGGCAGCCACUGCCAGCUAAACAGGAGCAGCUAGCUAAAGUGGCCUGCAGGGAGCACAGGACAUGGUCAAGGGUGGCCAGGCGGGACGCCGAAGACGAAGAGAAAAUCAAUGGCUGGGAGUCACCUCAAUCACUUUAACUAGGCGCUGCAGACGCCCGCGCCCCUCUCAGGGGCCAAUUUGUGGAGUAAACAGGAGUGUGUGAUUGCAGUGCAGGUCCCCGGUGACCGAGCAGUCCAUUUUUCUGGACCUGGCUCAUUCUAAUAACCCUCUUAGCGCAGGGCGUACAUGAGACCACCCUCGGACCCCCUCAAUGUUUUAUGGUCAUAAACAGUGGACCCGGCAUGAGCAGCAGCUCCUUCAGCCUUAAAAUAACGUCCCCCCUCCUGACUCCUGCUGUGUGGGCAGAAAGCACACUGUAGGCUAAUGGCUCUCUGCGUGGAGACGCGUCUGUUUCCUGUAAUAAAUAUACAUUAUAGGCUUUAACAUCUUGAUGUGUGAACAACAAGAUGUUACAACCACAGCUGGGAAAAGAGAAACUUUGGACACAGUUCAGCCGAAACGUAGAGGUCUCUUUUCACAGGUGUCUGCUUUUAAAGGUAGAAUAGACAGACGAUGUAAUGUGAAUCCUUUCUACAUUAAUGAAGUUCUGUAGAGUCAUAACUGUGCCAGAUUUGUAGUAAUUUAUAUCUCAGACCAUCUCAGUUUGCUUUUUGUUUUUGAAUUAGAUUACCGAGUAAGCAUCUCCACUCUCUGCUGCUCAGAGCUGCUCUGUGAACUCUAAUCCUGACGGCACUAUAGUGCAGUGAUUCAACCUGUGUGCUGCAGCACACUAGUGUGCUGUGAGAGAUUGUCAGGUGUGACAAAAUAGGGAAAUUAUCCAAUUUGUAAAUAAUAUGCCAUUGUCGAGUGUCUGUGCUGUCAUAAAGUGAGUGUCAGAAUAAUACUCUUCUAUGUCACUCUGUGGCAGCAGACGGCUAAUUGCCUUAAAAAAAAAAACUAAAAAGAGAGAGAGAGAGACUAAAAGCUGUUAAGGAGGAGUUUUGUGUGUGUGUGUGUCCUUCUUCCAUUACUUCCAGGAUAUCAGCUUUGUGCUCAUUUAAACAGGGUAAGGGCUCACACUGAGUGAUUAUAGUUAAAUUUAAAAACUAUAUUACUAACUAUAUUCUACUAUUUAUACUGUGUUAGACGAUAGAGUGUCAUUAUGGUUGGCGGUGUGCCCCAAGAUUUUGUCGAUGUAAAAAAUGUGCUGUGGCUCAAAAAUGUUUGAAAAACAUCGCUAUAGUGUAUAUAAUGUGCUGAAUAGAGAUGUCGAUUUGUGAUAGAUGUGACUCUGAAUGUCCUUUUUAAUAUCCAAUCAUGUGACUAACCUGUUAGAUAUUAUCCUCACUUGUUUGAGAUGUUCUCCCAGCUAUUUUUUAACAUUACCCUACUUUUCACCGGUUUAGUUGUUCCUCCAUAAGAACUUUUAACCUGUUUGGUUGUUCCUUUAUAACAACUUUUUUCUUGUUUGGUUGUUCCUCUUUAAGAACUUUUUAGAAAUGUGCUGAUUUCAUUAAAUAUAAAAUGAGCAGAUAUUUAUCAUAAACCCUCACUUUUAAAUCUGAACAUUUGAUAUGUUUGCCUUUUUUCAUCUUCAGUCAAGUUUAUGGUUUUAAAGAUGUUAACACAAUCAAAAUUUGUCUUUAUCGUCUUUUGCAUCCUUUCUUAAAUUGCAGUUGGAUAAGAAAAUCUCAAACACCGAAUACAGGCUAGAAUUUGUAACCAAAAUAUGUGGUACCACUGAUUCACCUAAGGUCAAGGGAUUCCUAAUGUACAUCAACAUAUCGUCAGCAUAUAAAGAUUGUCAUUAUAUACUUCAGCUGUUAAACCCGAAAUUUUGCCUCUUUCUUUUAAUUAAGAUACAAACCGUAAAUGCUUGCGGUCUGCCUGCCACUUGCCGCCUUUUUAGUCCAUCCAUGUGUUUUCUGUUUUUCACAGGCUGGCUCAUGUUGAUGAAAUAAGUGUACAGGCUUUAAAUGAAACCUGGAUCAAACAUGCUGAUUUCUCUGUGUUGUCCAAAGCAUAUUCAGCACUCCUCCUCCUCUUUCAUUUCUUAUUGUGAGAUAUUUUCACGCCUUCUCUGUGACCUGCUGCGUAUUUUCAGCUUCAUUCAGAAAUAAAACAGAAAAACACACCAAUAGUUUUACAGGAUAAAAGCACUCAGGCUCUUUAUGAUCCUCUGCUUUAUGCUAAACACUUCAAAUAGAAAUCAAAGAGAAAGCAGCCACUGUGUAUCCUUUUCCAGCAGGCUGUAAAAGGAUACACAGUCUGACCGGGCGAUAAAAAGAAAAAGCAGCUUGUGAAUUUGACUCUGAUUAAAUUAGGUGUUGCCUGGUAACUUCGGCUGGUACCAGUCAUGCCUCACUGAAAUGGAAAUACGUUUUCUGGAAGGAAAAAAAAGGGUGUCAAAGAACGCCCUUUGUAAUAAAAGAAAAUGGGAAUUGCAAAUAUGCACAGUCAUGAAAUUUAAUUGUGCUCUGAGGUUUGUGGAUGCUGAGGAGGAGGAGGCUGUGAGGGGGCAGAGGUGGUUAAAUGUAGCGCUGAACAGGCUAAUGAAGCCGCUGUUUAUGACCCAUUGCAAGUGUGUCAGCUCCUCAAUGGCGACAAGACGCCAGGACACACACAGAGGCACUUAAGCACGCGCACACACACACAUUGAAAUGAGCUCUUGUUUACUAAAUGUGGUAUUGUCUGCAGUGAGUUUUAUUAAUGUUUUUAACAUUUUUAAUAGGAAAUGAGCUCAACUGUCAUUAAAAAGUGCAUUUUUGGAUUUAACAUCAGACAUGACUUAUAAAUGGGCUAAAUAAGCUCAUUAGAUACUAAAUAUUUAUCAAGCCAUAUACUCAAGAAUAAACCCAACUUUUACAUGAUAAUAGAAAACAGUAAGAGCUCUUUAUAAAAGGACGAUCUGAUAGUGAACUGUGCAGAAGCCCACAGUUGAGCUGUUUCAAUAAAAACUCUGCAAAACUGGUUCCUGAUAGACUCCAGUCAUGUUCCAGCAGAACAUACCCGGUGGACAGAUGUUGUUGACUAUGUACAAGUCAUUUAAGUCGGUAGUUUUGUAAAUAUCUUGAAACAAAGAUUUUAUCCAGACUUCUCUUUAUCAGCUAAGUCAGCACUUUAGGAGUGCAGCACUUUAGGAGUGCUGACUUUAUCUUUUUUUAAAGUCUGAUAGUCGAAAUAAAAUAAAAGAUAUCUUGGUUUCCAGUUUAUUAAGUAUACUUGGAAUUAAGAUUUCUGUUGAAGAGAGUAGAGGAGAUUCAGGACUUCUCAAGGUCACACAUCAGCUCACUCUGACCACACAUAGACUUUCCAACAGGGGCCUAGAGAGGUCAGGGUCAGAUCAAACUGUUCAGUCUUUUUGAGCUUUUGUCUAUUGUCUAGGGAUGGGUGAUAUAGGCUAAAGAAUUAUCACGCUAAGAUUUGCCAGUUUGGUGAUAACGAUAAAAGUCCCCAUAAGUAUUAUAAUUCCAGUCAAUAUUUUUUGACUCAUUUUGUCUUGAGAACACCAGUUGGAGUAGUCCAAUAAGAUACUGAACCACAAGUUUGAGUGGUAGGUUAUGGAAAAAACUAGAGACACCAAACAAGUCUCCAGUGUGAAAACAUUUUCAACAUUUGUUGAAAACUCUUAUUGCACAGGGUGAACAGCAGCAGAUCCAGUGUCAAACAUACCUGAUUACACUCAUCUUAGCCCCAAUCUUAAAGGAAAUCCCUCAUGAGGAGCCUCGUUCAGUAACCAGCUGCUCAGAAACCUCUUCCUCAUUACCUUCAGCCAUGAUUGUUUGUUAUUUUGAUCUGUGUGGGCUAUGGCUGCGAGUCCAUCACUCGGGCCUUUGUCAUCAACUUGCAUUUAUCGUAUUUAUCAUGAGAUGGCAAAUAUUUAUCAUGGAGGAUUUUCCCGACGAUAUAUUGUGAACGAUAAAUUAUCAUCUAUCCCUACGAUCGUCCUUUAUAAAGUCAAGAUUUAGGCUUAUAUUUUUUUUUCUAAACUAUGUUGAUGCCUCCCCCUGCUCCUCUCCCUGCUCUCCUCUCUCUCCUCCUCCUGCUCCUGUCUCUGCUCUCCUCUCUUCUUCUCCUGCACCUCUCCCUGCUCUCCUCUCUCCUCCUCCUCUCCCUGCUGUCCGCUUUCCUCCUCCUGCUCCUCUCCCUGCUCUCCUCUCUCCUCCCGCUCUUCUCCCUGCUCUCCUCUUUCCUCCUCCUGCUCCUCUCCCUGCUCUCCUCUCUCCUCCUGCUCCUCUCCCUGCUCUCCUCUUUCCUCCUCCUGCUCCUGUCUCUGCUCUCCUCUCUUCUUCUCCUGCUCCUCUCCCUGCUCUCCUCCUCCUCUCCCUGCUCUCCUCUUUCCUCCUCCUGCUCCUCUCCCUGCUCUCCCCUCUCCUCCUACUGCUCCUCUCCCUGCUCUCCUCUGUUCUCCUCCUGCUCCUCUCCCUGCUCUCCUCUCUCUCCUCCUCCUGCUCCUCUCUCUGCUCUCCUCUCUCCGCUCCUGCUCCUCUCUCUGCUCUCCUCUCUCCUCUUCCUGCUCCUCUCUCUGCUCUCCUCUCUCCGCUCCGCUCCUCUCUCUGCUCUCCUCUCUCCUCCUCCUGCUCCUCUCUCUGCUCUCCUCUCUCCCCCUCCUGCUCCUCUCCCUCCUCUUCCUGCUCCUCUCCCUGUGCUUCUGUUUCCAACAGGGGCUGCCUGAUAGUUUUUUUUGUCUGCUGUUGCACAACUCUCACAUAGCAAUGCUGCACAAUGUAAUUUAGUCUCCAUGAGUAUAUUUCUAUGAUCGUGGGUCAUCAAAAUAGUUGUCUAAACUGAAAUGGUUAUUUUUUGAUAACUAACCAUGCAACAUUUAAACAUUUAUGAUGCAUCGAACAGUUUAAAUCCAUUGUUAAUGUCUUGUAGAUGAAGAGUAAGAUAGGUUUUAAAGUCACCAUAUGCACAAACAGAAACACACUCAGCCUUUAUCUGUCAUCUAAGUCUAUUUAUGACUAAUACUUUUGUUUCUUCAUUAUGAAUAUGCAAAUUUUAAAGCAGAAUUUUGAUCAAUGGGUGUGAUUCACUUUAUGCAGCGCUGCAGUUUUCAUGCACACAUGGCUUCCUCCUAAUGAACUGGCUUUAACCUCAGUGUGCUCAUGGAUUUUCAUUUCCAUAAAGCCUGAUGCUCCUUCCUUCCCCUGAUGUUUGCAGCGUUGCACAGAAACGUGCAGGAUUGCGUUAUUAUCAGUGUAGCUGAACAUUUAUCUCUCAGUGAGGGGGGUGAAUCCAUCAAAGGAGAGAGGACAGUAUAGAGCCGAGUCUCUCCUGCGCACACAAACACACACACACACACACACACACACACACAACGUGGAGUGUAAAACACUCUCAUAAAUAAAUACAGAGAAAGCAGAAAACAGGAUAAGGGAAUCAGUCACACUAAUUAACUGCUAAUUCUUUUGAGGACUGUAGAGGCUUGAUAAAGAAAGAGGAAGCUUAUUUAAGUGCGCGCUGUGUUGUACAUUAUGAUUUCUUUACAGUGCUGUUUAAUCCCACUUUAUGAGCUUGAUUGUACACUAUAUACGUGUGUGUGUGUGUGUGUGUGUGUGUGUGUGUGUGUGUGUGUGUGUGUGUGUGUGCGCGCACUCGCAUGUGUGUGUUGCAUCUCCACUUGUGCUUGUCUUUGUUGCCACCUUACGCUCAGUCGGAUCCCUCCUCCUCUUUCUCUCUUCAUCAUGUGACUCCAUCGCUCUGCUCCUGCCCUUUAAGACGUCGACCCUAACCAGAAUGAGAAAUGUGGCAUUUCAUUAUCAUACAUGUAUAUGUUAGAGCCAGAGGGUCUGCCAGCCUGAGAGGAGCAGGCGGGGAAGUCAAACCCACCCUCCUCCUCCUCUUCUUUUUCUCCCUGGAGGAAAGUGAUGGAGAUAUCCCACAAUGCCAGAGCCCAUUAGCUCCUGCAGGCUCUUCAAGGGGGGUAAGGGGGUCUUUAAACGUCUCAAGCAGAGGCCACUGAUGCAAAACACAGCUCCAUACCUCCACCUCUGUGGUCCACAGUGAGGGAGCUCUGUCCUGUUUUCAGGAUCAGCAGCUGGAGCGAUUGUAAACGUGGUGAAAUUGUUAACAAGACUUUGUAAAAGCUUCAAAUAUCUAAUAAAAUUAUAGGUUAAGGACUCUUAUUAUGACCAUGACAGGAUCUUCGAUUUGUUAUCCCCAGGUGAUUAAAAAAAAAAAAAAAAAAACAGUAUUACAAAUCUACGAUCUUCAGCACUUACCUUUAUUCAUAUAUUCAUUAUUUUUUAUAGAGAAGUUUGUCUCUUAUUUCAGUCCCUGUGCAAUUUUUCUAUGAAGAUUAAAUCUGAUUUUUUUGUGAGUGGAUGUGAUUAUUUACUGCAAUCCAGAUUAUUUAAAAAAAAUCAACCUCUGCAGUCUUAUAAACACCAGUUAGCCAUCACAUGAUGACCUCUAAAUGACUGUCUUUUAUUGUGUCAGUCUCCCUCAGAACUGAUGAGAUACAGACUCCAACAGACCUCUGAUGGAGUACAUUAUGUAAACAAAGAUUAUAACCAUAAAUGUCUGUCAGCAACCCUUUGAUAUAAACAGAGAUGAGGCCAUGACAAUGAAAAAGCACAUUAGAGAUCAUAACAAGGUCCUAACAGGGAGGGCAGCUGAAAUAUGAACUUAUUUCGGAGUUUAUUGAUUGAGCACAGUGUUAGUUCAGGCAAGCCAGGAAAAUCAAGCUUAACUAAGUGGCUGUUAUGAACUGCUCUAACCUGCCUCAACUCCAGCUCCUCCUUUUUCUCCUGUGUCUGGUUUUACCAGCAUUUGAGGUACAGUUUCUGAUGUCUGCUUAAUUCUCUAUCCUAAAGGGUUCUUUGCUGCUGUUCUGCCUGUCUUGGCUUGUCCAGUAUGCUGUGCAGCUAACCUCCACCUCAGUUCUUUCCAGUCCAGUCUUUGUCUAGCCUAAAGUACUGCAGACUGGGACACUCCACUAGAGCUGCAGUUCAGGAGACGCUUUGCAAAGUUUGUCCCAUUAGAAAUAAAUAGGAGGAACUGAAAGUCCAUCUUUCUGCUAGUAAAUCAAACAUAUUUCUUAUCAUUCGCACAUAUUUCUCCAUUGUGUUCACCCCCUGCCUAUGCAGAUUUUUUUUCUUAUUUCUGCACAGAAGGUGACAAACAGCACAUUAAAUCCUACUUUUUUAAUUCUGGAAAACUUUGCAUUAACAGUAGCAUUAACGGAUCAUGAGCCUCAAUAUGUCGUGUUAAAACAGGCCAAGAAGUCAGUGAAUGCAGCUAUAAAUAAUGCUUCACUAAAAAAAAAAAGAAACUUUAAAUCAUGCUCUAAUUGCUGCACAGAAUUUAACUCCAUGAAUAUGUGCUCUGACAGGAUGUUCACACCUCCAAAAACUUGUCAAAGGUGAAAUGUGUCUUUCAGAUAUGAUAAACACCUCCUCGUCUCCGUCUUUCCAACACUUUAAAUUACACACUGCAGAACCACUUUCUGUAAACCCGACUCUGAGGGCGGAUAAAUGAGGAGACGGUGUGAAUAGCAGCAGUUUCAGCUGUAGAGUCUCUUCAGGCCCGGAUUUGACUGAAACUUCAAGGAACACAAAAACCGAUGAAGAACAAAGACGAGUAGGAGGAGGAGGCUCUGCUGGCAGACAAGCAGAGGGGGAUAGCACCAGCUCCUGUUCUGCCUCCUUCAGGCAGAAGCAGGAAUGAUAGGAGGCUGAGGGGUCGGAAAGGGGAGGAUAAAGAGCAGAGAAAUCCUGCGAAGGCCCAGAGAGGCCAGGAGGACUGGUGUCACCCUUCUCCCCAGGGACACGCUGUAAAUCAGUGGAGGAGGAGGAGGCACAUCUCCGGCUUUAUGAGAUAGUUAGCAUGCUCUGGCCCCUCCCCACCUCUUGUUUCCCAUUUAAGAGCUGACCGGCCCUCCGAUAACGGAUGGCGCCACAGGUAAUUGGAAAAUUGGCAGGCUUGUCAGGGAGAUUUGGUGGAUGGCACGAAUGUAUACGAUGGCGGGGUUCAUGAGGUGUCACCCCUCAGCGAGAUUUAUAUCAGGCUCAUGGACCGGCACCGCAAAGUACCCAGAGUUCAGGAAAAAGUAGCACAUUUUUCUCCAGGCGAGACUGCAUAUCAAGACAGCCCCGCAGGCAGCGACAAGGUUCCUGUUAGUAAAGAGUUGAUGUACGAGCCGUUCUUUGCAUUAACCCUAACCUUAAUUUACUAUUUCUACACAAGCCUUAAUAACGUCUGCAAAUAGCUGCACACAUCCUCCAAUUCUGAUUUAUUUACAGUAAAUACACGAGUUCAUCUCCAUCCCGGAGUGUCUGACAUGUUUAAAUUUCUGUCUGUAUUAGCAAAGUGUCAUUAGAAAGCACAUGCACACUGCUGCAGCUGUCCAGCAAAAGCUUGAUAAUGAGAUAUCACAGGGAAAGUCCACAUGUUGUUCAAAAUUACUUUAGAUCAAACACACAAACCUGCGAACAAAAAGAGCAAGUUGAGUUCCUAUAACUCAUCAUAACAGUCGUCAGUACACCUCUGAUUAACAUAAACCAGCAUGCAAAUGUCCCUGCCCUCCUGUUCUUCACACAUCAGAACAGGUGUUGAGCUUUAAUCAAGUUGCCGUAGCAACCAGGAUACACUCUCCCCUUAAAACUGCAGAAAGUGUACUGGGAUCAGGAAGUACGCUGAUGUUAGCGCAUGCAUCAGCAUACCUAGCAAAUAACUUCUUCAUUAACAAAUUUUAACCCACUUUAACUAGUUUUAAACUAUCAAUCAGGAUGAGCUAAUAGAUAGGCUUUAUUUUUAUUGCAAAAGCCCAGGCAAAGAACAUCUCACUCAUUUAGGUCACCACCUUUUCCCUCCACACUGGUGUCUUGGCUGGUCUCAGUCUUUGCAGCCACUCUUCCCAUUUUGGUUUCAGUGUAUUUGACAGCAUUGAUCAUGCUAUUUUAAUUGAACUUCUUAAGAGACUGGGUGGGCAUUAGGGACACUGCACUUGGUAGCUGGUUUUAUCUCUGAGGGUAAAUCUUUGGAGUCACCAUAGGUAAUUUACUUCUAUUCUUGCCUGUGGUGUACCGCAAGGUUGGGUUUUAGGUCCAAUUUUAUUUUGGAUUUAUAUGCUGCCCCUUGGUCGAAUGGUUCCGAAUUGGAUGUUGGAUGGCACUGAACUUCAUACAACUAAACAACUGCAAAUCUGAAACAAUCAUUUUCAAUUCACAAAAUUUUAUUUAUUUUUGUAUUUGAGCAUCUUUACACUGGCUUCCAGUCAGUUUUACAAUUGAUUUUAAGAUUUUACUCAGGAUUUUUAAAGGGCUAAAAGGUCUGGUUCCAAUCUAUAUAACAGAAAUUGUAUCCCCCCUAGCCUGCGCUCUGAGAUUCUCUUUGAGUGGGGGCCUCCUGGUUGUUCUAAAGUCGAGACUUGAAACAAGAAGUGACAGGGCCUUUUCCAUCAAGGCCCCUUGACUUUGGAACAACCACCCCAAGGACAUAAGACAUCACCUCUUAGAACUGUUUUUUAUAGACUUGCUUCUAUGUGAUGUUUUCUUCUUAUAUUUAUUAUUUACAACUUUACCUCUCUUAAUGUUUUCAAUUCUUAUUCCUUCUCUUUUACUUGCCUUUUAAAACUUAAGUUGCCUCGAUCUCUGUGUUUAGAUCUUGUUUAGGUUCUCUCCCCUUGAGUAUCCUCUUGUUUUUAUCUUGCUGCUGUACUAUACAUCUAAACCCUGGUUUUUAAAAGUUUAAAGUAUGAACAAAGUUAUUAUUAUUAUUAUUAUUAUUAUUAUUAUUAUUAUUAUUAUUAUGUCCCUUAAAGUAUUUCUCACUGAGCUCUACCGGGUGGUUCUUGUGCUUCUGAACAGACAUCAUUAAUAAUCACAGGACAUUACAGGAUACAGGGCCAGAGCAAAAUGGACGGCAGGGACCAAAAACAUGAAUGUUUUUAUUUUUCUGCAAACUGUGAGCUUAGACACUUAAUCACUGACCAGAACAUGAAGAGAUGAACAGUUUAAGUGUGUUAAAAGAAGAUUUAGCAUCAAAACUUUAAAUGUAUUUUGUUUAAAGGAAAAAACAGCAAUACUAAAAUAGAAAAAGUAGGAAAACCUCCCAAAUAUAAAAAUCUUUGCACCAGCAAAUGCCGGAACAAAAAAAGGUGUUGCACAACAUCUUCAAUAAAACCAGGAGCAGGAGUGUGUUUGUGAGCCUGGCUGGGCCAUCCAGUUGCGUGAAUCACUUGCCGUUCCUUCCCACAACAGUCUGGACUUCGGCCAAUUGGGAGCCCUAAAAGUGGGCGGGAGUACUUUCCUUGAUAGACAGACUACUGUAACCAAUCACUGUAACCAAACAUCUGACGUCAUCACAGUGCGCAACUGUGUUCCCUGCUGGGCUCUCAAGCAUCAAGUAAAGGUUUGGUAAUAUUUCAACGUGUACGAGCAAACAAUGUCUUUGUAAAGCAAAAAGUGUCUUCUUCUGCAGAUACAAACGAUUUUUGCCGACUUUGCAAAGUCAACUGCAGAAUUAACGGCGUUCUGAAUGAACGGCACUUUGAAAAGUCCCGCAGCAUGUGUUAGACGUCACCAUCUACACAUGGACCAAUAAGGGGCUGCCUUUCCCUGUUGUCAGGGGAACAGUGGAAACACGGUCACUGAUUGGCCCGGUUAUUUUCUGAUUUCUAAUACACGCUCCCAAUUGGCCGAAGUCCAGACUGUUGUGGGAAGGAACGGCAAGUGAUUCACGCAACUGAAUGGCCCAGCCAGGCUAUGUUUGUUGCUGCCUGAUGUGAACUUGGUCCUUCAGUGAAAUUCCCAUCCCAAUCUUCUGUUUCCACAUGUUUUUUUAUUUUUUUAGUUUCCUUUCUUCAAUUAGCUAGCACACAGCUGGGAGAUCGGAGAAUGAAAUCUGGUGCCAUUGGGAUCAAUGUGAUUAUGUUUUAUGUGGAAGUUUUAGUUUGUCGAAGUGUGUGUGUGGAGCAGAUAAAGACAAUGAGUCAAACAGGGAGAAAUGUUAAUGUGAGCACACACACACACACACACAGAGACACACGCACAGAGUCAGUGCAGGACAGCAGCCAUGUUUGAUUGACGUAGAGUUAGCGCUCUUGUCUGCUCCAAGCCGGCUGCAUGAAGGAGGAGUCAGGAGGUGUUGUGGGCUAAGGAUCCUAACCUGGUGAUCACACACACUCUGGUGUGUAGAUGUGUUCAUUAACCUCUGGAGGGGGGAUAAUUGUAUCUGUCAGAGUCGUUUAAUCACCGCUGCAGCCCUCUCCGCUGUCACUUUCACUUUGUCUGCUUUGCUAAAUCAGCUGCUCCUCCAUGGCCGCCCCGGCUCCUCUUUCUUUGUGUUCGUUUAAAAACCCACAUUUACAGAUGGGAGACGGUCUUUCAUUAAUAAAAAGUAGAGCUUCUCCUCUUUGUUUGACUCCUCAAGUUUAGAUUUGCUCACUUAGAUUGGAGAUUGUUUGCCGUGGUAAAUGCACCCACUCAUGGCUGGUGGACUUGAAGAGUUUAUUUUAGUCUCUAACAGGCUCACAGAGUUGAGUGUCUGAGUGUCCCACCACACCAAAAAAAAGGUCUCUGCACAGGUGGACGUUAGACUGAAGAGUAAGAUCCUUUUUUCCUUCAAACCAGCCAGUGAACUGAUGUGGUAACAGCUGCAUUGUUCUUUUCUUCAUGAUCGGAAACAGUCAUUUUACUGCACAGAGCUCAGGAGUUGUUGGUCUACCGUUGCCUUAAAUUAGAAUUGGUUUGUCAGAGACAUUCAUUUUUGUAACUCUCAAUCAUAGAUAGUGUACGGUUAUGUACAUUUAUAAUGCAGUAACUGAAGCCUGGUCCACAGCUACAUCAGUUGGUUGAUGAGCUAGUUAGAUGGUAGAUAGUUGCUUUUAUGGUGAAAUGGUUUCAUUAAUUUACUGGACAGUUGGCUUGUUGGCUUUCUGACUGGUUAGUCUCUUAAUUUAUUAGUUUUCUGGUCCAUUGGUGUGGUAAAUGACUGGUUGGUCAUGAGGCAGCUGAUGAGUUGUUGUUUUUUUAUUUUUUUAUUUUUUUGAUUGGUUGGUUGGUUGGUUGGUUUGUCGGUUGGUUGGUUGGUUGGCCUUCUGGCUGGUUUGUUGCUUGAGUUUUUGUUUUUUCAGUCAGCUGUUUGUUUUGGUGACUUGGCACUGUAGCUGGUUUGUUGAUUUUUUUUAUUGAUUGGGUAGUAAGUUUGUCUAUCAUAUCUUAAAGGACAUGAGCAACUAUAGAUGGAUUGUUAUUUCACACUUAAUAUGUAGUUGAAGUUCAUUUGAUUUCCUUAAGGCCUGGAUCAAGUCUCAUUUUUGUUCCAACACUGUUAACCUUUUAUUGGCUGUCAGACCUGGAAAUAGAAACCUUUACUUGUCCUUUAGAAAUACGAUUUCAUGUUAUACAAUUACAAACAUUUCCGACCUUGACAGAAACUUUAAGCCAGAUGAGUACAACAAAAAAUCUUUCCUCUGAGUUAAAUUUUUUAAUUACUACAACUUUUUAUCUGCUAAAUACAAAUGAAUAGACCCGCUGGUCAAAAUCAUAUUCACUUCACUUUAGCUACAUUAGGGACACACGUCUUUCCUGAGUGUGAAUUUGACGCAUUUUUGUCCAACAUGGCAGACAAAUAUGUGCAUCUGCAGUGAGUAAUGCAGAUUUUCAGAUACACUUGCAGUUAUUACAUUUCUGUUGUAGGAAAAUGUGAGGUCAAUUUUUCUAUAAUGUGUAAAUGAACAUGAUGUGUUAUGUGUGUUUUCAGGAGGAAGAGGAACAGGUGGAGGAAGAGAACUCUGUGAAAGAGGAAACAGCUGAGCAGGAGAUCCUGAACUGA